AUGUCACACAGUCAGCAGUAUAAAAGUCGACCACAAUUCAAAGACACGCCAUUUACUCUGGAAACGACUGCAAAGGUAAGAGACCUCUUCAAAAACAGUUUUAUAUAAACAUAAAUCUUAAUGAAUUAUGUGUAGAAAAAAAACUAUGUACAAGAUAUGUUCAAGUAGAUCUAUAAAUGUAUGAAAUUAAUGUAAUUAGGUGAUCAGCAGUGUACCUUGAUAUUUUCAAUAUAACUUUGAGCAUAUUUCAGGUAACUAGCAAUUGAUUUGAAUAAAAUGAUUUGUGUCUUUUCAUUUCCUUUUCUUUACAAAUAGUUCUUUGAUAAAGUUAUAUUUUAUAUCAGAUGAGGUAGGACUGUUAAUUUGAAAUGUAUCAUCAAUCUUUAAAGUAAAUUAAUAUCAGUCUGAUUUUUAUAAGGUAGACCUAUUUACUCUGUGUGAUGGGUAUGACUUUGCACUUAUUUAUGCUGCCCUGCUUUAAGUUGAAUUAUUUCUCUAUCAUUUAAAGAUGGUUACAUUGUUUGAAUUAUUGAAUAACAUUUAUUUGUUUUAUUAAAUCGUUACCAGCUCAUGAUAAUAUCUCAAAGCAUGUCUCAUUCUGUGCUGGAUACUUUUCAUUAAUUCCUCCUAUUCUCUCUUUUUCUCUUAAACAAUUCUUAAAUCAUUUGCAUUCAUAACCGCACUAACUAUAUCUUAAUGUUUUCUCUAUUGUACAGAUGAAGUUACAUGUUUUCAGCAUCAUAUGUACAUUCCUACAAAUCAGUCACCAAAAUCCUACAAGCCAAUGGACUCUGCUGCCUCAUGGUAUGUUCACUCUCAAAGGAUGUAAAAUAUUCCACUUUUACUCUUUCAUAAUUAAAACGGAGACUCUUGAUCCUUUUCUUGAUCCUUUUUUUCUUUUCUAGUUUUGGUUGUAGAGGUCGACGGCAGUAAGAGCUGGCUGCCUCUGAGCUGCCUGCAGCCAGAGGAGCUUGCAAGGAGAGGCAAUGAGAGUCUGGGUAUUUUUUGGAUGAAAGACGGAAAGAAAGAAACGCAGAGAGGAAACACAUAUCGGGUGUGGCUGCAGGAAAGCUUAGGAGGGGGUAAAUACACCUGCCACAGCAUGGACGGAUUAAUUCUCAACCACACUGUGGUCCUGAUCAAAGAAGAUAAAACUAUGAAGAGAAAGAUUCUUCAGAAAACUGAUAACGGUACAGUCCCAUCGUUAACACUAUGAUACUACAGUUAACUUCCAGUGAUACUUUUCUUCUUUCCUUAUUUUUUUGUUUGUGUCUCUCAUAAUUAAUGUGCUUUUACUCCUCUGCAGAUUAUUUGAAGUGCUCUGCUCAAAAUUACAGCGGAGAGUUUCACUGCUCCUGGACCUGGCACAGCAGUCGAGUUGGCACUGUGGCGUUCAUCAGAGCUAGACGGUAAGCUCCACAAACUGCUGAAAAGUUUCUGUUUGCUCUCCAAUAAAACCACUCUGCUCUGACUUAUGUCAGCACUAACAUUACGCAGUAAAUAACUCCUGAUGAAAGGAAACAGAGGAAAGUAGUUUUUGGUGUUUUUGGAUCCAUUCCAAAUUUUUAAGCUUCUUCACAUAUUCAUCCAUAAAAAGGCAUUCUAGCUUGUUAGUAUGAAAAAAGCCAAACUACUAAAUUACUAGAAUUAAAAGAAAACAUAUUUCUUUGCUGUUUUAUGCAGUGCCUUUGACGAGACCCAGUGCUCUGUUGACACCAGCGGUCAACACUGGAGCUGCUCCUCACAUCACAGUAAUUUCAGAUGUUCAGUGGACGAUAGUGGAAAUGGUUUCUCCUGCCAGGACGAGCAACGCUGCCCCUAUGCUGAGGAGAGCCAGCGGAUCCACAUCGAAGUCUAUGUGAAGACAGAGAACUUCCUGGUGGAGAACUACUCCAAACAUUUUUACCUGUCAGAGAUCGGUAAGAUACCGCUCAAAGAAACACAUUUAAAUUUCUUUGCUAUGUAUUUGAUCUCUGUGUUAGUGCUGUCUUUGUUUGACAUCUUACAUGUUUCUCUUUCACCCACCACAGUGAAACCUGACAAGGUGCACGUCAGCAAAGUCAACACCACCAUGAUAGAGUGGAGUUACCCAAGUUCCUGGAGCAGUCCCUUCUCCUACUUCCCCCUCACUUUCCAGGUUGCACAGCUCAAGAAGGAAUGUAAGGGGUGUGUUAACCCGUGCAGUGACUCGAAAGCCACCAAGGUAAGAGGAAUUCACCAACUGUUUCUGUGUUCAAAGACUUGAAUUGAUUUGGAAACUUUGAAGUUACUUUCAAAUACUUUUGCAGAAUGACAGAAAAUCCCACCAAUAAUAAAGGAACUGCACAAAAAACACAAGAAAAAGCCAAUGUUUUUAUUGUGAUGUGAUGUAAUUUAUUUUUAUUUAUUAUUUAGACCAGGAUGGUGCAAUCUACUGGCAUCUGUCAGUUUGAGGUCAAGCGCAGGUCAAAGGCUGUCUGUAUCCGAGCCAAGGAUGCCCUCUGUGACUCACAAUGGAGCGAGUGGAGCCACUUAAGGUCAGUGCUUCCCAUUGAUGGGAGGACAGAAAUUUGCUGUUUCCACUCACCUGGUUUCUAGAUCUCUUUCUACUGUCAAAUAUUAAAAUUUGUUCUCAGUCAGAUUGUCGAUUGAGCUUUUUUUGGCAUCUGAAAAGUCUGCAGUACGUUGCUCUUUUCUUUCGUUCAGGAAGUCUUAGACUUCAAACAGCAAAAACUGUAUAUUAAGGACAGUUGUUAAGGAUUAGAUAUAAUGCGAUUAGUUUAUUGUAACCAAAAGAAUUAAGGUUUAAGGAGAUUUUCCGCAACAGUAACAGUUAAUGUUAUUAAUUGACAUGACUUUUUAUAACCUACCACAAAUCGAUUCAACCUUAAACAAAUCAGUUCUUUAUCUGACAUAAUCGAACUUGCAACAGAGACUGCUGCUUCCUUAGGGGCCUCUAGUGAAACCAAAGAGGUACUUUUAGACUCUCCUUUCAGUGCCAUUUUCACAGCCUGACUAGCAGCUGGAGAAGUACUCUAAAAACAGAUUUUUAGUCACACAUGCUCACAGAUGUUUGUUUGAAGGGAUAGAUCAAAGCUAAAUCUCAUCAGAUUCCAGUAUUACAUUAUACCAUGUUGCAUCGCUCUACUUUUUUUCUCUGCGUACACCAAAGCCUCCAAAUGUGAUAUCAGUCAAAACUACUUAGACUCCUUAUGCCCUACAAACAUCUACCACAACAAUUUGAGUAAUGAAAUCCGGUUGUACACCCACAUGUUCUGGGUUUUUAUGUCAAAACAAACACAAGUCGCUACUGAUAAGUCAGACUAAAACAAUGUUUUAUUUGUCACUUGGAUGACAUUGAGCUGGAUUUUAAGGAACAAAUCUUGCAGAAAAGUUUGUAACUUUCAUUUUAAAUGUUGCUGUUGUUUGCUGCUUGAAGGCUAAUUAACUAUAAAAGAUAAUAACUUCCCUAAUUUUGUAUUUUGUGUCCUGUUAAAGGUUAAAGAGAGACAAGUGGGGCAAAAAGAAGAGAACACGUGAAUAACAGAAGACGGAAAACCCCAAAGCUGGACAUCUCUAGGAACAGCCAUUCUUAUUUAUUUUCUUUUAUGCGUUUAUUUUUUAUAUGAUCUCAUAUUUAUGUAUUGUUUGUAUGACCUAAUCAUCAUUGACCAUAAGGGAAGGCAAAAAGUAUCAAGUCUUUUUUGUGUCUUAGUGCAUCUCAGAUCUUCAUGUCUCUUCAUGUUCAUUGUCUCUUAAUUAGAGAACAGAAACCCUAAUAAUGGUUUGUAGUUGACCAACAAACACCAGGUCAUCAGCUGCUCUGGUUUUCCCCCUCACUAAUUAGGGCGACAGUGUGGCUUUUUGCUGGAAUCUCUGGUUCUCACACGAACAACAAAUCCCUCUCAGCUUUGACCUGUCUCUUCUCUAGAAGAAAAGAUAGCAUCUAAGGUAUUUCCUCUGUCACAUGCCAGGAAGCACAUGUAAUUUUAUGUUGUGAUCCCCUCCCUGCUUUUACUUGCUCACUCUGUCCUUGUGGCUGAAAUACAAAUUUAAAAGGAAAUAUAUCAAAUUAAAAUGUUGGAGUACUGUUCUGUAUUUUCCUCGCCUAAGAAUAAUCUACAGGUGUUGCAUAUGUAUUACAAACUGCAUGUUGGUUGACAGCUAACAAACAAAAAAGUCAAGAUAUAAAGUAAAAGAGGGUAGAAGAAGGGUUAGAAUGACCUGUGCAGUGUAAUAUGAAAACUACGGUCUCAGACAGAGUUCCUCAAAGAUUCAGACAUCCUUUAGGGAAAUACAGAAAUACAUUGAUUAACACUAAAAUUCUAACACCAGGGCAUUGACUUUGGAAAGGCCAUUUCCAGUCCCUGCUGUAAUCUUCAGUUGCAGUUUCCCCAGAUAAAGGUGAAAGUGUGUUGUUGAGUGUGGCUCUGACUCAACCAUAGUUCCUUAGAAAUGUCAUGAUCUGUUAUUUCAACCUUUAAUGCCAUCAACCUUAUAACUUGUGACCGUAAAAUGCAGCAAUUCAACCUUGUGACCUUUAAUAAAAGCCCUGGACCAAAGAGAAGUUUAAAAUAACUGUGGAGAAAAAAAAACGUGUCAUCUGUUUGAUUAAUUCCAGAUUCAAUUGCUGUAUUUGAGACCUGACCCUGAAAAUACUCAUUUGGCAUAUUUUUAAGGUAACAGCAGUGGUAGGAAAAGUAAUACCAUAACUCUGAGUCAAAAUAGAUACUGUCGGUCACUUAUCAGUCAAAUACAAGUAAACAUUGCUCAUUUAAAUACUUUUAAAAGUAUUUCAAAGUAGUUAAAAAAAGAUUAGAAAUGCAUUUUCACAAUCUGCGGGUGCAGUCAAAGAUGUAGGCGUGAAUUCUGAAACUAGUCACUAGUCACUAUUCACGUAGUCUUAAUCCUGGUGCUGCUGAAGCUUCCCUUGCCUUUUCACUGACACUCUUCACAAAUCAAAACAUUUCAAAUGAAAAAGUACUCUGUGACAGCUUCUCUUGCUUUUCUUUUAACCUGAUACCAUCGUCUACGGAAAGUAUUCACACCCCUUCACUUUGCCCUCACAUUGUUAUGGCACAGAGUAAUUCUUAAAGAUGUGGACUUGUCAGAGUCUUUCUAAAGAUGCCCUUUUUUUAACACAUUUGACUGUGCUCAGGGUCUUGGACCUGUUGGCUAGCUGAACCUUUAUCCUAGUCUUUGGCCCGGAGUGCUCUAGACCAAGUUUUCAUCCAGGAUCUCUCUGUAUUUUGUUUUAUUCAACGUACCCUCUCUUCGGAUAAGUUGCCUAAUCCCUGUUGCUGAAAACGUAUCUUUAAGUUUUUAGACGCCGUAUUUGAAUUUGAUUUUUGAAGUGUGAUACUGAUGACAGGUUUCAGGGAGUUGUCUCACUUGUUGAGAAUUUGUUUUUACUUUAUCUGUAUUACCAAUUUCUAAACAUAAAUGAAAGCAGGUCUGCAGGUUCUGUCCCUGUACACGUUUCAGUAUCAAGUGCCUCCAAGACUUUAAUAGAAGAAAGCUACAGCAGACUUAGACAGGAACAAAAAGCAUGCUGUUUUUAUUAUGCAGUUUAGUGGGUUAAACUGCCAGGUAAAUUAAAAGUCAGAAGUUCUCGUUUUCAUUGAGGACCUCAAGCAGAGAGUAUUGAAUCAUAUUUUUUUUUGUCAUACCACACUGUAUUUUAAGGUAUGAUGACAAAUUAAAAUACUUCUGCUCAUUGUCUUUUGAAGAUGAAAAGCAGAUCCAACAACCUCAAAUUUCCAGCUUAGUAAUAAGCAAAGUGGAUACACAGAUUUACAUAUUUUCAAAACCCCAAGAAAAAUCCAAACAAACAUGCCUUAAGAAAGUGGUGAGCUAGUUGUCCCAGUAUUGGCUCAUGGGGUGUCUGAUCAGGAGGUUGUGGUUGAUCUUCUCUUCACUUCCUUUUCAUAAAAAGGAGAACAGAUCAGUGAUGUAAGUACUUUCAGGGCCGCAAUAGUAUGUAAUUCAAACAUGACACCCCUGACCUUUAAAUCUUUUAAGUUGUUUGGAGAUCACAGUUUUGGGAAAUGUUUCCACUUUGGUUCAUUUAUUCCCCCCAAUUCAAGAAGUUGAAGGGAUGAACAAUGAAAGGUCUUGUUGCUGUUGUAAUGAAAGCUUAACUACCCUACUGAAAAUGAAAGUUGCACAAACCCAAUUCCACAGUGAAGUUGGGCUCUGUGUAAAAAUACUCCAGUCCAAUACCUGCAUUGUUUUACAUAAAGCCACGCUGUUGUAAUUCAUGCAGAAUGUGGCUUGGCAUUGUCUUGCUGAAAUAAGCAGGUCCAUGAAAAAGACGUGGCUUGGAUGGUAGCAUUUGUUGCUCUUAAACCUGUAUGUACCUUUAAGCAUGAGUCUUCAUAGAUGUGACAGUUAGCCAUGCCAUGGGCAGUAAAACACCUCCGUAUCAUCACAGAUGUGACCCGAGAACGGUCUUGGUGGUCCUUUUCCUCUCUAGCCUGGAGGACACCACAUUCAGGAUUUCAAAAAGCUAUUUGAAAUGUGGACUCGUCAGACCAUAGCACAGUUUGAGUGAGUCCACCUCAGAUGAAUUUGGGCCCAGAGGGGCAGGCGGUGUUUCUGGGUGUUGUUGAUGUGUGGCUUUUGCUUUACAAAGUAGAGUUUGAACUUGCACUAGAUGUAGAGACAGACUGUGUUAACUGACAAUGGUUUUCUAAAGGGUUCCUGAGCCCACAUGGUAAUGUCCUUUACAGAGUGAUGUGGGUUUGUAAUACAGUCCUGUUGUUUUUUUGCCUUGCUGCUUAUGUGCAGGGAUUUCUGCAGCUUCUCUGAAUCUUUUGAUGACAUUAUGGACUGUAGGUGAUGAAAUCUCUGAAUUUCUGUAAUUUUACUGUCAAAAACAUUGUUCUUCAACUGUUGGACUAUUUACUCACAGUUGUAUGCAACAUGGUGAACCUCACCUUGUCCUUGCUUGGGAACAACUGAACUUCUCUGGGAUACUUCAUUUAUUUUGGCACUCACCUGUUCCCAAUGAACCUGUUCACUUUUGGAUGUUCCAAACUCUCUGAUUUUCUGGGUCUUUUGUUGCUCCUGUCCCAACUUUUUUGGAAUGCGUUGCAGGCAUGAAAUUCAAAAUAAGUGAAUAUUAGGGGGGAAAAAAAGUUCAUCAGCUCGAACAUUAAAUAUCUUAUCAUUGUAGUAUAUUGAUAGUAUUGUUAUAUAUUGAAUUUCCCUUCGGGGAUUAAUAAUGUUCUUCUUAUCCUUAUUCUUAUUCUCUAAUAGAGGUCAAAUAGGAUUUGCAAAUCAUUGUAUUCUGUUUUUAUUCAGGUUUUACACAAUGUCAAUGAGUAGAUUUGAUAAGAUCAUUUUAGAUUAGAUUACAUUAGAUUAGAUCAUUUUUUAUUUAUCUCCAGUCAACUGCCAUCAAGUCAGUUCAUACACACAACAAUUGAAAAAAUGACAUCAGUGAAACCACAUGGAACAAACAGCUAUCAGUGUCAUUUAGUUGAACAAUGUUCGGCGAAGGUAAGCAGUUUUAAAAAAGGGAGAACUGAGACAAUGAAACACACUACUCUGAAAGUGCUUUGAGUCAGCUCUGACCUUUGCUCUAUUCUCACUGUCGUGUGUAUUUUAGAGUGUGCAACGUGUCUCACUUCGGCCAUGAGUUUUCUUAAUCAAUCACGUGCAUGUCUCUGAUGAAAAAAGGUCAAAGGGCAGACUGUGAUCAAACUGUAAAUGUUUUACAAAGAUAUUAUGCAUAUGCUUAAUCAGAGUUUAACCACUUAAAGGGAUAUUCCGGCGUAAACUUAAUUUAGGGUCAAACACACCAUAACACAAAGUUAGACACCCCCACGAGAGAUGAAUGGUGCAGACUGCUUGCUUCUCUAGUUAUAUCAACUUCAUCAAUGACCACACAAUAGCAAUACACAGCAGUCUACGUCUCCACACACAAACCUCAACCAAAAAGCCAAAAAGCAACAUAUAAUUCUUAGAACAGCACCUAACUUCAUCAACAGUACAUAUAGGGUCCCAGCCAUAGUACUAGCCAAAGUACACCCUCCUCCCUCACAAACAAGCGGCUGCUGGAGGAGAGUGGGUGAGUUGUGUUCAGUCUCUUUGCUAAAGAAAUCAGGCAAAGGUAAAAAGAUGUUCUUUUUCUUUUCCUUUCUUUUAUCAUUAUUAUUCAUUACUUUAUGUAGGACUUAACAAGCAGGACUGUGUCUUCAGCUGCAGUCUAUUUGAUAUCCUUUAAAAAACUAAGAGGUUUCUAGAUGGAGAGGAUUAGCAUGAAAAAGUUAGCAGGCCAUGUUCCAUUAAUUUACAAACAACAUUAGUAUUGCCUGUAAAAGCGUCACUACUUACAGAGGUCCCUCUAAUCUGACCUUUUUGUUUUUUGCUUGUGUAAUGUGUGAAUGUAGCCCCCUAGAGCUUCUUGGAAGUACAUUUAAAUAUAAAAAGAUUCCAUAUAUAUAUUUAAAAAAAAAAGACUUCUAAAUCUGAAGAAAAAAACUCUGGUUAAAGGAUCGCAACUCACAGGGAAGAGAAAGAGAAACUGCAAUUUCACAUGACUUCAUUUGAAACAGACUGAGAAACACAAAAGUAGAAAACCUGGUCAUGAAGCCCUCAUCAGCUAAGUACGGAAGUGCAUUUUUUUUCCUAUUAAAAACAAUAUUUGGCGGCCAAAAGCACCUUAUAUGAAGACAAAAAAAACGUGAUUUUCAAUAAUUCAAAGUAGAUUUUCAUGAAAGUCAAAAAGAAGUGUCCUUUUGCUUUUUGACAUAACUCCCCCAAAUUCUGAGUAAUAAAUUUAUUCUGAUCCUUCACCAGUUCGACUUUUUCCGCAUAAAUCCAGUUACUGACAUUUACAGAUUAUUUUGAUGAAUGUAAAAAGUCAUACGUUUAUUUUAAGAUGCAACACUAUCUGGAAUAAUACUGACUUAUUAGAAGUAUGAUGUAUUACCUCGGUCAUGCAUUGUUCUUUUAAAGCCACUAGAUGGCAACAUCGCACCAAAUACAGUAUGAAUGGUUUCGUGAUGAGGAAUCUGCGAGUCACCUGAGAAGGAGUGAGAGGUCAUCAUUGGAUAUGCCACAGAUGCGAUACGCACUCAAAAAAGUAAGAUAAAAGUAUAUUGUGUAGUUUUGGAUUAGCAACAUAAAGUUGUAAUUUUUCCUUUAAUUUUCCCGCGUUUCUACAUUCAAAGCAGUUAUUUUUUUCUUUUGGUUAAGCAGCAAUUAAAUAUUCCCUUUAAUGUGUGUGAAGCCACUUAUUCGUGAAAUAUAAAAUUUCUUGUUGUUUAGCUUUCAAUCACUAACAUUCUGUUGGUGUCGUGUCUACAUAUUGGACGUUUAACAUCUAAAUUUGUCUUCUUUUAUGUCUACCAGAGAGCAUAUUGUUGGACAUAAGGCCCAUUCUCUCCAGCAUAUGUCUGAUUUUUACAACUAGUCAUUUUUAUGAGUCUUCAAUUCAAUCAGGCCAUUAUUAUCAUCAGCUCAACCUUUUGAUUUACGGGAACAUCUGCUGGUACCUACAGGAAGCGGACGGCAGUCCGCACUGCUCCUUUCUGAUCACUUACUUCAAAAUGUCCAAUCGAGUUGUAACGCAGAGGAUUUUAAUAGUCUCCCCAUAUGUGGACACUUGAAUCAAAGUUACACACACCCUCCUACACACACCUUUUCAUGGUUGACAUGGCGCGCACAUUCCCGCCUUGUCUGUGCGUAAUGACCGGAGAUAUUGUUGCAAAGCUUUCUGUCCGGGUGCCAUGGAGUUAGUAAAUCACAGCAUUAACAUGGCGGGAUCAGCGGGCCCCAACUGACAUCUGUGUUCCUGGAUACUGAGACAGUGAUAUUUGGGCUAACACUGUGUGUUGGUGCUCAGGGAUAUAAAUAUAUGCCACCCCAGGGGGGCCUUGAGGGUUUGCGCGGACCCGCAUGCCGACCAAGGCAGACAGAUCAUGGCGCGAGAGCCGGCCACAAUCAAACAAAUGUGCUGAAGGAUAGCUCUGAGCGCGUGUGUGUGUGUGAUUGUGUGUGCGCAAAAGUGCGGCAGUGUGAGUGUGAGAGACAUUUAAUCUCACGUUGCUUGUAUUUAUCACUAUUUAUUGUAUGGUGUACUCACGUGGUGGUGGACUCGCAUUUCUCCUCCCCCAGCAGGAGACAUAAAUAAACAGCCACAGACAAUGAUGAGGUGAUUGCGGGGAUGAAGAGUGUGAGCUUGACCGUUUAUGGAAUUUAUUCAAAAGUGGCUCAGACAAGAAUCCGCGGAUAUGUAACUUUUAAAUUUCCUCAAAUUGCUCAAAAUAAAAAAUUAAACUUUUUUUUAAAGAGUUGAAAUGAUGACAAAAUAGAAGCAUAUUAUCUAAGAAGGGUUAGUUUGAAUGCGCAGUUUAACCGUGCCAAUACCACCAACAUCGACGUGUCAAACAGCUUCAUUUGAACAACUCUUGAUCCCAAUCUUAAUUUUCAAACACUCCUCUUUGAUAAUCCAAAGCUUCUCUUUCAUUCCCCUCAUUUCAUUAGCUACAAGAAACCAAACAGUACUUAUCGAACAGAUGGCCCCCAGACAAUUCAAUUUAACAAUUUAGCACUGACUAUGUAAUGAUGAAGAGGGGGAAACAUGCAGGACUGAUGAGGAGAGCUCCAACAUCCUCACUUUCUGCAGAGCUGGUCUUUGCUGUGCACUUUUCAUGCAUGCAAGCCCACUGUGCAGUUUCACGCGUCUGUGAGCAGCCAUGCAAAUAUUUAUUUCACACAUUUUUUUUGAUAAAAUUAUUGUUUUUCUUGAGCAAUAACUCGAGAUAGAUUGCAAUUUUUUGGACGGCGGGACACAGCAGAGUUUAGCAAUAAUCCUCGUAUUUAUGUUGGAUUCAGCCCUUAGUCCCGCAAGAUUUCAGUAAUGCAUCUAAUCAAAGCUGAUUUCAAACCAUCGGGCUGAAACAGAAAAAUGUGCGCAGCGCCUGCCAGGCUUUUUGGUGAGCUGAAACUUUCUUAAGCUCCUAAUCUGCCCGAGUUGAUACUCUGAAUGAACACUUAGACUGUUGUUUCUUUUCCUGUGAGAAAAUAAAACAUUUAAAUUCCAUUUAAAUUGUUAAAAUAAAGUCGUUUUGUUGAAAUAAUGAAAAGAAUAUGGCUGCUCAUGUCUUUGGUGGACAAAUAUAAACGAAAAAAUGCAUCUUAAAAAAAACUGGUGCAGCUCAAAUUUUGUUUUCUCUGUUGCUUCAAGUUAUUUUCAACUUUAAGAAUAUUUUUUUGCUGAUGCACAUAAAAUGUGACCGGGCUGUGUUUGGUCUUGUUUUUGCAGACAUGAUGCGGGCACAUUUUCAAAGCAGCAGCUCUAAGCAGACGAUGGAUGUUGCAAACCCUUUGGUCUCAACGGGCAAACUGCGUGGAUUAAACUAAUGUCCUCCCCUGAGUUCAUGUUUGAUAGUCGUGAAUGCAUUAAUUGUCAACUCCGAACACAUAUACACGAAGGCACACACACACACUUUGGCGCACACACACCGUGCACAGCUUCUGGCUAAGUGGCCGGGGCGGGACGCUGCGUGGGACGAGGCGGGGACAGCAGGCAGGCGGGCGGGGAAGCAGCAUGCUGGUCGGGUUGGUGGACAGCUGAUUGUCCAUGUUAUUAACUGUGUUUGGGGGCGUGUUCGCUCGCCUCCUAGACCACGCCUCCCUCACCUACUAGUUCUCUCUCCUGUCUGGCAUCCCAGAGAUGGUCCAAAGUGAUUCCUCAGGGAAGAAUCGAGCGCAAAUCACCCGAGCAGGAGCUGACGAGGAGCGGAGACGCCGCUGCCCAGGACUGCCUCUUAAUUGCGCGUAAUCUUCCGUUUCAUCCAUCUGAGCAGAGGAGAAGACUUUGUAAAGGAGGAGGUGUUUCAUCUUCCUUGGUUUUUCUUUCUCACUGUGGACUGUUUGUUGCAAAAAAGUGACAUUUUGCGCGUGUUUUUGUCAGCUGCACCUUGAUCCGGAGGACUGUCGCCAACUCAGCGCAGCCUCUCAUCCUGCGCUUCCCCUUUCAUCGCUUUCACGUUGUUCAUCUUCACAGCUGCUGCAGCUUCCCCCUCUCUUUUUUUUUUCUUCUGGAGUCGCUGACAUGAGGUGCAGCUAACCCUGGAUGCUGACAGCUCCCCUAUUUCCUUCCACAUGUCGCAUCUUUUGUUUACUUUGAGAAAACACACGCGCAACUAAACGCCAAGUGAAAUAGACCACGCCACUUUGCUCCUCUGACAGCGCGAUCAAACAGACACAAGAGGAGGGGAGGCAGGGAGAGAAAAAGGAGGGAGCCAAGGAGAGGAGGAUAGAGAGAGAGUAGAGAGAGAGAGUGAGAGAGAGAUAGCGACAGUGUGAAGGUGCGUUUUGAUGUUUGGCAUCCACGAGAGCAUCCAGAGGAGUGGGAGUAGUAUGAAAGAGGAGCCCAUGGUGGCCGGGAUGAACGCGGUUCGGACAUGGAUGCAGGGCGCCGGAGUGCUGGACGCCAACACAGCAGCCCAGAGGUGAGCCCGAGGCAGCCUUGGCGCUGCGCUGACACCGGGGCGUGGAGACCUGUGUGGGGGGGAGCGCGCGUAAAGAUCUCCGGUGUUAAAGACGGGGCGGCUGUAUCACUUGGGGCAGCGCGCGUCCCCAGAGGACGCAGUUGUUGGAUAAUCAGUGUUCCUGCUGGCUUUAGAAGUUUUCUAAGCUUGAAGUCCAACAUGAUUUAAUAAUGUGGCUCAAAGUGGUAGCACGUACUUCUGGACGGAAUGCACAGUUAGCUCCAAGCACUUUUAGGCUGGCAGGGUUUAAAUGUGGGCUCACAGCAACUUCGGUGUGCUGUGAGUUUGUGAUGAAGAUUUUCUGCUCACUUCGGAGGAUGGCAUUUUCUCUGGGUGUGUUUUUAAACCGAGUAGAUUACUUCAUUCAUAAAUAUUUAUCUUCCUGCUUGAGAAAAAUAUUUUUUUCCAAAUAAGAAAGAAAAUAUAAGAUUUCUUCAAUAGGCCCAUUUUGAAGAACUUGAAAAUAAGAAUUUUGCACUUUUAUUGACAGAAACUCUGCCAGCAUGGGGAUGACUGCUCUGUCUAAAUUAAUCCUCAAAUACAAACUAAUUCGGGCCUGUGCUUUAGUAUGUAGAUAUUUUUGUUCAAUUAUUGUAGAUAACACUGCAAAAUGUGUUUGUGCGUAAUGGAGAGGUAUUUUAAUUAAAUUAUCUGUCAGGUAAAAGAAUAAUAGAAAGACAGUGACAGAAACACGCGGCUGUCUCUCGCAGGUCUCUUUGUGUUGUCUAUUUUUGGAGUGGAUUUAUUUUAAUCGCUGUCGUUGUCCGGUGCCGGUUUGUGCUUGUGUCCGCAGCGGAGUGGGUCUUGCUCGGGCGCACUUCGAGAAGCAGCCGCCCUCCAACCUCCGCAAGUCCAACUUCUUCCACUUCGUGCUGGCGUUAUACGACCGACAGGGUCAGCCGGUGGAAAUAGAGAGGACCACCUUCGUGGACUUCGUGGAAAAGGAGAAGGUGAGUUCUCGCAGAUUUCAAAAACACACAUUUUCCAGAUUGGAGAGCUUAGAGGAAACAUUUUAAGUUAUAUUACAAACACAAGUCCAGCGGCCUGAUCAUGUAAAGCUGAAUUACCAGACGUGUGUUAACGAAGUGAGCAGACGCACACAGCAGGGAUCAUGCGCCCUCAAGACUCCAGAGUGUCAUUUUAUCAUGUUGUUUCCUGCAUGAUUUACACACUUCUGAUUAUUCUAACUAUGAGUCAUCGUCUCAAAAACAGUCAGACGUAAUUUGAAACACAUUUAACUUAAAACGUGAACGUCGUGCAGGAAGACUUCCACACACACACAUAGUCGCCUCUAUAGUAUUAUUGAAUUUAUGACAGUUGAGCACAGCGGGUUGUCUAUUCCUGCAGGUGUUGUCAUACAUAUCUAAUUUUAAAUCGAACAUCAAUAUUAGUGUAAUAUUGACCUGUCUGCAAGGAGAAUUCAAUGUAAGCGAUUCCUUUAAAUAAAUGUUUCAUUUGUUAGUUUUAGUGAAGUCUUUUUAUUUGCUGGAUCAAAAUGUCUGUUUUUCUCUUGGUAACAUUUUAAUGCCCGUUGACAUCUGAAUCAUUAAAUAUUGAAAUAAUUGAGGCGUUUAUUGACUAUCAUUUCAGAUAUGUUGCAAUAUUUAUGAAUCAUUUACAUUUCGGGUACAUAGCAUUAAAGUUGUAAACAGGCCCAUUUGUCAAUAAGCAGGUUCUUUUUUCAGAUAUUGGAAAACUAAGAACUCCUGUUUACACAAAAAAUAAAGGGAUGCAUAUCCAAAUUAACAACAUGAAAUUUUCUUUUAAUUUGGUAGUGUGAAUCAGAGUGAAUGAAUUACAAUUGGACGGAAAGUGAGAAUAAUGUAAAAAUGUGAUAUGUUUGACGCGCAGUAUGACUCCCAGGAGGAGAGGGGUUUGCUUUGCUGUGACUCGGCUCCGUUUGGUUUAAUUUUCAUAGGAAACGACGGGGGAAAAGACCAACAAUGGGAUCCAUUAUAGACUCCAGCUCCUCUACAGUAACGGUGAGUUUGGCUUCCAUCGUUUUUAUGGAGCAAAAACAAAGGCAGCCAGUGAAUGAUCCGUCAAACCGACGAGAGGAAACUAACAGAGGAAACUAAUGUUUCAGGAGGUCACUUCACUGAUCGUUUUUUUUUUUACCCAGUGUUUUAAUGUGUUUGCUUUAUCUGUGCAGACAAAUCCUGGAAAUGUUUUCUAUUUGCACACACAUAUUUUUAUUUUAGUUACUAUUACAGUUAUUAUCAAUAUUAUGAUCAUGUUGUGCCUGACACUUCAAAAGAGUAAAUAUAUUUUCCAGCCAGCCUAUUUUUGCAAAAGUAAGCAGUCCAAUAAGACAAAACAAAUGAUUUUCCACUCCACUUUUAACAGUUUAAUUAUUUUACUCUUGAAUAAUUCAAAUUAUAAUUCAAAAUAAUGUUUUUCUUCUUUGGCCCUUUGCACAAUAAAGGUGGAAAAAAAGUGUUUAUAUGGAUACAUAUCUAGGAAAGUCUUGCAAGUAAAUGAGAAGCUCCAGGCAAACUUUCAGUCUGCAAAAAAUACUGUAAUUCAUCAGAGCAGUUUGAAUUCGUUCAGCUCCCAUAAAGACUCACUGGGGAAGUCAAAAUGAAAAGAAAUCUUGUCAAGUGAAAUAUUCCCAAAGUGGGGGAAAGCUGAGCCUCACAUGUGAUGUGAAACCUGUUAAUAACAUUUUCUCUUUUUUGGGUUUGUAGGCAUCAGAACAGAGCAGGACCUGUAUGUUCGACUCAUCGACUCCAUGACCAAACAGGUAAGAAGUUUAGUUCAAACUUUAGGCUUUAGUGUUUAAUCUAAGUGUUUAGAUGUUGGUUUAAAUGUUGCACACAACUCCAACCUCCCUCAGUCCUCCUCCCCCCUCUGCUCUCCCUCCUCGCCCUGCUGCAUGCCUGUGUCUGAGACCCUCAACUUCAGCACAGCACAGCCGGCGUGAUAAACGACCUGUCUUACCUGUGGAAUACAUUUACAGAGGCCCAGAAAAGUAGAGGACAUGUGUCCUUAUACUUUCUCCAGUAAGAAGGAAUAGAGUGUGUGUGUUUUUACAAGCCUUGGGCAGUAACUGUGUACGUGUGUGUGCGUGUAAAGUUGUGUGAUUUUGGGAUUGUAUAGUGCGUGAAUAUGUGGGAGAGUUGCAGAAGCUGUUGUGUGUUAGUGUUUGGGAAAGACAGUGAUGCAUGCCAGCUCACUCUUUGAGGACCUUGACCCUCAUUUCCUCAAUGUGAAACAGAACAAACUAUCCCUGAGUGUGUUAUGGCCAAUUCAAUCACACAAAGAAAUACAGAGCAGCACAUGUGGGCUGACACACACUGAGGGAAUUCUUCAUUUUAAAUUAGAUAGCAAGGAAAAUACGUUGUUUUGAUAUCAGGUCUUUUGUUUUGCCAAUUCUGCCUCUAGUGCCAUUAGGCUUGAAGAGAGUUUGCCUUAGAAUGAAAGGAGUAGGAGGGGAUGGUGUUUGUGUGAAUGCACAUGCGGUGCAUGUGUGUUUGCAUGUUUAUCGGUGUGAGUGUGUGUGUGUGUGUGUGUGUGUGUGUGUGAGCGGGGUGAUCACAGCCCUGGAGAGCAUGUUGAGUGGGGUUGGAGGGGUAACCAGACUAGAUUUUUGGACGCGGUGCUGUAUGGACCAGAUGGUGCACUAUACUCCAGUCUGGCAGUCCAACUGCUCACUGUACACAGCAUAUAAACAUACGUGCACGCACAAACACAUAUGCACGAUCAGAACAACACACACACCCAUUUAAAAGCACACACACACACACACACACACACACACACACACACACACACACACACACACACACACAAAAUCUAUCUCUGUGACUGUCUCUGUCAGAACAGAGCGUUCUGCUCAGGAGGACUGGAUUCCCACGAUACACAUAUUUGCCAGAUAGACAACACUACUCCCAGAUGAAAGACACAAGCACACACUUCUUUUUUUUCUUUCUUUUUUUUUUUUUUUUUGCCAUUGCAAUGUGGCUCAUUUUUUUAUUUCUUUAAGCAUGCCGCAUUAAAAUAUAAAUCACAGUUACGCCUAUUUCUUUUUUCUUCCUUUUUUUCAGGCGAUCGUCUAUGAAGGCCAGGAUAAAAACCCAGAGAUGUGCCGGGUCCUUUUGACCCACGAAAUCAUGUGCAGGUAAGGCCAAACACACACACAUACACACACACCUACAUAUAAGAUUUCUCAGCCCAGCUGUCAUCUUCAUCAGUGGAUUAAAAUGUCUCUAGCUCUCAUAUCUAAGGUGAUCCUGCCGGUGUUAAGACAUGAGCAGAGCUGCUAAAUUACAAUAAAAAUCUUAUCAUUUUCCUCAAAGUGGGUUGGGGAGCUGGGCCCUGGCCUAUUUCUGUUGAUAGGGGUGUGUGUGCAUGUGUCUGUGUAUGUAUAUGUGUGUGUGUGUAUCUCUCUCAUGUUCGGCUAAUUAGGACAAGGAAAAGCUCAUUACUCAAACCCAUCCUCCGUAGACUGUGUAAUACACGCAGUUUGCUGUGUCCUGACAGUGAGCUAUGUGCAGAGGGGGUCGGACUCAAAUUACACAGAAUAUACACAUAUUCACACAACACACACACUGGGUCGGAUACACUAAAGUAAGCAUAGCUCUCACAGGCCGUCGCGUGCAUUUACAAUCAAUAAAAGCAUCACACAGCCUGUCAUUGUGCCUAACAAAGCAGUGAUUUUGAAAUCCAUGCAGUGUUAGGUGUGGAGAAAUGGCUGGUGGCAAAGUGUAGCCACUUCCUGGUUAUCACACGAGGCAAUUUGGACCACUUGUUUUCAUAUGCUGCAGGAAACGGUGGAGAUCAGAAAUCUGAUCUGGCUCUCCAAGCCUCCUGUCCUGAGGGACUCAAGAAAGUAAGGGGGAGGGUCAAUCUCUCUCCCCCUUUUCUCUCUCUCUCUUUUGUGUUUUCUCCAUCACACACACACACACACGUUUACAGUAGAGCCCACAUGUAGUCAGACACAGGUACACACACACACACACACCAGCAGACAGAGAAGAAAAGGUAGACGUGGUGAUACUUUUUAAGGGGGUGUAAGGGGAGGGGGGUUGAUGGUAGAAAACACACUCUUACAUUGUGCUGCAGUCAAAUGAUUCAGAAAGGACUCGUCACAUCAGUAUGCAACCCCCUUCUACCCAGCAUGCACUACUCCCCAGGUCCAGUGGGACCACUCUGUGACCCACUUCUGAGAGAGAGAACGAGCGAGCGAGAGAGAGAGUGAGGCGGGAUAGAGGGAGGGGACGAGCACUAAGGAAAAAUAGAGAACAUAAGAUGUCUGGUUGUGUGAUGUCUGACAGAAAUGGAGCUAACCUGAGCCCUGGAGGCUAAUUCAAGUUUGUAUCCAGCCUCGUUCAAGCUCGCUGUUUUAGCUCCUCUCCCCCAAACUUUUUCCUAAAAACCACCGCGCUGAUCUCACCGAAUGUAGCGCCAGAGCCCCGGUCUUACCUCCAGAAUCCCGACAAAAAUCCAGCUCACACUGAUUCUUACACUCCGCAAAAGUCUCACGCCCUUUUACACCUCUCUCUCCUUCCUGCAUCCCUCCUCCAGCUUCCUCUCGCUCACUUUACUCCAUGUUAUCUUGCUCUUUCGGUUGUUCCCAUGUCUGCUGCUAACUCUCUCUCCCUUUGUCUCCCUCCCCCUCCCCGCCUCUCACCUCCCCACAGUCGAUGCUGUGAUAAGAAGAGUUGCGGCAACAGGAACGAGACCCCAUCAGACCCUGUCAUCAUCGACAGGUAAGCAAACUUUGCCCUUUAACUCCCGAAGAUGUGAUCCUGCGCCGUCACCGCAAACACAAACAUGGCAUGUGUGCAAGAAAACGUUGCAGAAACAUACCAGAAAUUCAAAUAAAAAGGAUGACAGACUUUCCUCUAAAUUUUCAAAGAAGCUUUUUGACUAAUGUUUCAGCAGAGGGCCAAAUGAAGCAGGCCGCAGGUUGUUUAAAUCUCAGCGACCAUAAUGGAGUGUGUAGGGAAAACGUGUGAAACAGCAGUAAAUAAUAUUCCAGUGGUGUGUGUGAGGAGGAGGAGCAAUCACAGAGCGGUGAAGCUUGGGCUUCAAGUGUGGUCAAACACUGUUUGUGUGGUUUGGCUGAUGACUUAGCUGAUGAGCAGUUAGGGUUACAGCUACAUCCUGACAUGUGUGUGUGUACGUGUGUAUAAGUGUGUGUUUAUGCGGAUAAAUCUCGCUCAGUGUGCACUGUGGCUUGUCUGCCUCUCUUGACACACUCCUGCGCACACUUUUCUUUGAGUGCACACCUUUCUCCUGCCGUCAUAAACUACCUCUGACUGAUGCAGCUGCUCGAAUGAUUUACAGUUAGUCGGAGUGAAGAAAACCCGGGUUGAUUUACAGUCCAGACUGAGCUGUGUGUGUGUGUGCGCGUGUGGCACAAGUGUGGACGUUCACAGUGAGGGAAAUCACUUGUUUAUACUCCAGCAAUUGUUGAAGCGUGUGGCUUUUGAGACGCUUUGUGCAGGAGGAAGGAGAGCAAAAACUGGCAUGCACUCCUCUUUUUCUGAUUGCAGUUUUGUGAUCUUUAACCUGUCAAACUGCUCAGGUAAAAGAAGAAGUGCAUCAUGGGUUAUUUAGGUUUUAUGUCUGAUUUGAAUGUGUCACAUUUGAGUGCAUUUUUACGUGUGUGUUAAUGAGGCAGUGACCUGUGCUAUCUGAUGAACACAGCUGUCCUGUUCUCGCUGCUGCUCUGUCAAAAGCCACUCUUUACCUGUGUCUGUAUGUAUGCCUGUGUGUGUGUAUGUGUGUGUUUGUGUGUGUGCGACACCCUCGUUCCGCUCCAGUGAAGCGGAAGGCCUCACCUCAGCGCUCCCUGAGACAGCUGCACCCCACCACGUGGCCUCAGACAACACGCCUGCCCAUCACUCUGUGCCACAUUUCUGAUUUUUGUUUUUCACGACCGCGUACUUGUUGAGUUUCUCAUCUUUGCACCCCUUCCUUCUGCUUUUCCUGCCCCAUCCUUUCGUUGCCGCGUUAAAAAAAAAACUUUCCCAUCAGUUCGCAGCAGUUUGAGCAGAGCCACCUCGGCGAAACAAGCUGCUGCAGAACAGCUUUCCCACACUGAGCAUGUGUUGUGGUCGCUCCCUGGCGGUAUUCCCCUGACGCCCGAUGGCUCAGGUGUGAGGGCAGCAUUAACGAACAACAAAUUAGAACAGGGGGAGGGAAAACAACAGCAAUAUCUCCUUUUUCCUCUCCAGCGAGCACUCUUUCUGGACAGGAAAAUAGGUCAGGUGAGAGGAGAGUGAUCAGGGGGGCUGGCUCGGUUUAAAGAGAGGGGGGACUGAAGGAGAAUAAGGAGGGGAGGGUUUAUUCGUUUGCUCAUUUAGUACCAAUAUAUUCUUGGCAGUUGUAAUAAUCAGGGAUUCAUAAACAAACAAACAACUGUGAGGGUGAAACUGACUCAAUUACCGUGAGUUCCCCUCCUUCAAAUUCAUAAAGAAAUACCAUCAGCAGCCCCUCUCCACCCUUGAAGUUAUUUAGUUCGUUAAAUAAGGGCUCGUUAGCCCUCUGCUGUUUCGCAGAGAUGAUUAGAUUUUACAGCCCUAAUUAGCUGGGCUAGCUCUAACUCUUCUGGAAGAGUAAUGGGUCUGAUUGCCUAAUUAGCUCUCUCUCGUUAAGAUGGGAGAAACAGGCCACUGCAGCAAAACCGCAGGAAUGAGGAAAAAUAAAGUCAGCUAAUGAGAAACUUAUUUGAUUGUUAGGAGAACAAAUCUGGUACAGUGUGGAUCGGCAGCGCUUUGGGUACUGUAUUCGCUCACCGGGAGAAUCCGGCUCGCCCCGCUCUUUAUCUCUCCUCCUGUGGAAAAGGAAAUUUGUUUGGGCUUUAAAGUGUCUACAUGGAGCAAUAUGAUACAGAUUUUAAUUAUAAAGCAUGUUUGUUUAGUGCAUGAGAGAAAAAACACUUGAACAUUUCUUGAUUUUUUCUUUUUUUUAACAGACUUUGAAUGAAACAUCCCCCACAGUCUGUCUUGUUUUCAUGCUGUUUUAGUUUCGAGCUCUCAUGGUUGCAGCGGCUUUCAAUUUUACAAGUAUCAUUGUCAUCUCUGACUGACUCAGAGAGAUUUCAAAGCCCAUCUGAUUUGAAUCAGUCUGCAAAGAUGGAAACGACUCACAUAGUCUAUGUGUCUAACCGCUGAGGUAGUAGGGGGGGUCUGGAAAUUCAGAGAGACCCUGGCAUGACAUGUUGUGUCUGUUCUUGACACUGGGCAGGAAAAGCAGCUGAAAGGUGAGAAGCUCCUGUGCUCCUCUCAAUAUCUUCCCCAGGGAAACAUGUGUGGUCCACUUUAGCCUCUUACAGAGGCAGGAUAAUAUGAGGGGAGCCCUUAACCCUCCACCUCCACUUCCACCUCUCCCCAUCACUCCUGUUAGCGUUAGGUUAAUCAUAUGCAGCCACUGCUAGUCAGUCUAUCAUGUGCCUGGAUGGGCCUCAAAUCACAAGCACAUUUCCCUCUCACCCAUGGGCACCUUUGCUCUCUCGCUGCAUUUGUUUUCUUGGAUUUCUCUCCUGAAAGAACUCCAUUUUUUUUAUUCAGCAUCCAUAAAAUUCUAGUCGAAACUCUCAGCUUUAUUCUCUUUGGGGGUAUGACUGUCCCUCCGGCCCCUUGUGUCCUCUCCUGCUUCCUGCCACCUGUGUCCCCUGCUUCUUUUCUGCCUGUCCAGCACCGCAGGGUGUCCCCCAGGCAGGGAGAGCCUCUCCUGAGGGGGGAGGAAACCUCUCUGUGACCAGAGAUAAGGAUCCACUGGAUAGCCCCGUCGUAUCCCAUGAUUCCUCUUUCCAGUCACGAUGCAGGGAGGGGUUUUCGGUAUUGAGUUUACAUGCAAACACCAUGUUAUUUCAGGUUUAAAGCCGUUUUGGAGUGUGUGCCUGUGUAUGUUUGCUUUUGCACACACUCCUGCAGCCCGCCGUCGAUGUGGCCCAUUUCCUCGCAUGCGUGUCUGUGCUUGUGUAUCCGAGCCGGUGUUGGUUAUUUCCCCAGGAGUGUGUGUGUGUGUUGAUAGAGGCCAUUUCCUGGUGAGUGUGUGUGUGUCUUGAGUGAAGAAUGUCGGGCAGGAAGUGCUCCUCCCGGGGAAGAUGAUGUCAUGGCCGACAGUUUCCUGUUCUGUGAGCCAGUGUUCGGACUGGUUUUUAGCUUCACGCUGGGGAGUUAGUGCUGGUGGACCUCCUGACUGAUUCGGCCUCACUUCUGGUCUGGUUUGACACCAGAUCACCUGACACAUCUGGCGGGAACAGACAAACUUUGCAUCUUGCGGUGUUUACAGGAUUAUUAUAUCUUCCAACCUCAUGAAUUUUUGCUGCAUCUCUUGUUUGUCACUCUGCUCCUCUCUGCCUCUCUGUGAAGUGGGGAACCCCCUCAUUGUUUUGGUUGUUAUGUUUGGAUGCACUUCCUGGGGUGAGAGGUCAUGUGUUGCCUUGGCUGGGCUAACGUGCGCUAGUGAAUAAUGUAUGUCAUUGACUUUAUGUCAGCCCUGCCAGCCCCCCCAAGCCGAGCCCACCCAUGUUUAAUUCAUCCAUCUCAUUUGUGUGUUUGUGUGUGUGUGUGUGACUGCAAAUUUGUGUGUAUGUGUGUGUGUCAUUUAGAGGCCCAGUCUGCACCUGUCCAGCCAUUAGCCCCGUUCUCAUUUGCAUUUGAUGCUAAUGUGGUUUACUGGCAGCGCCUUCCGUCCCCUCGGCUUAGUUUCACUUUCAUAUCCAGGACUGUUGGUGAGAAGGUAGAAACACACUUAACAUGAUUCUGACUUCAUCUGCUGAUGCAUCUGACGCCUCAAUGCUGAGCUCUUCUUAUGAUCGGGAUCUGUGUUCGAGCUUCCCCGCAUUUCCCCCUCUCUCUUCCAUUCUUUGUGAUGUAUCUAUCUCUGACCACUUAUCAUUAGCUUUAUGUUUCCCUUCAGGACAAAGAGGAGCUCGGUGACACCCUGAGGCCGACACUAUCUCAGUUUUUGUAGUUUUCAUGAAGAGGAGGGGUAAUCUCCUCAGAUUGCGCCUUGAUAUUUCAGCGCAGCCUUUUUCUCUUUAAGAAGACUCUUGUUUUCUUCAUUGAUCUGCCGUUUCUUCACGGAAGGGGGGGGCAGCUGCAUUAGAUGUUAUGGGCGGCUUUGAAAAGGACUGGCCCUGAGCUGGCUCUGGUGUUUGUGCAGGGCUCAGGGGCAAAGAGGCAGAGUUGCUGGCUCAUCGAUAUGCAGGCAGAACUCCCCUCCCUCAGGUGCUGGCUGCCUCACAAAUGUGCCUCACACACACACACACACACACACACACACACUCACACAUCCUAACGCACACACAUAAACACAGAUGCAGCUCCCUCACCUUCAGAUAAACUCAUAAACACUCAUGCACAAACACAUAUGCAGACGCUCGCACGCAUGCGCACUUUCGGGAAUCCACAGGCGUGCAACAAUAUUACACACACAUUCACACACACACACACACACACACACACACACACACAUUGACCUGCAGCUCUCUGCAUCUGUUUGGUUGUGUUCUUUUUUCCCUGCGGUGGUUUCCCCCCCCAGGGUUGGAGGAAAGCGGGGCCCCAGGGGACGGACGGCUGCGCUGAUUGACAGCAGGGAGUUUGGAGGUCGAGGAGCCUUUAAAGCAGCGCUGCUUCUUUCUUUCUCAUCCAGACCUUCAGCACUCUCACCCCCCCAACAACUGACUCGCUUUCAUUCGCCAGCACCUCACAAAAAUUAACACAUCAUUCUCAGAGUAAACAGGGGUUUGUUUCCAUGAUAUGAAAUAUUAAAUCAAGACAAUCUGUUUUUGUUUUUGUGUUCAGGAAAUAAUGAGGAGCACACUGAAAAUAAGUUAAUUUAAGUUAGCGUGCGUGUGUGUGUGAGUGUUGCAUUGUUGUGUUUUAAUUCUUUCCCCAAUAAACUAAACAGAGCUGCUAUCACACUUUAUAGGUAGUUAAGCUAAUGCUCCCCAGAUGAAUACAGGUAGCAAACAGUUUAUUAGGCCAUAUAAACUGUACUUUACAAAUGUCACAACAGUGAAAAGUUCUUGAGGUAUUUUUGGCCAGAGCUGCUGUAAAUAGCGCCGCAGGAGCUUUAUUUUUUUCUCUGCAAACUGCUUUGUCAUUACUGCUCGACAUUCCCUGCCUGACCUGGCCGCUCUCCUUGGCCGUUCCCUCUGCCUUUGUGUCAGUGUUUGUUCUGUCCCAGAAUGAAGGGGUUCGGCCGGCCAGGGCUGACCCAAAUGAGUAGCGUCCUACUUCGCUGCGAGCUAUUUCAGACAUUUUUGGUGUUGGAAAUUGCAGGACGGAGCGAUAGAGAUAGUAAGGGAUUGAAAUAGAAAGGAGAUAUAUUUACCAUAAGGAAGGUCUCAUGUAUGACCGUGUUUGGUAGAGCGAGUGAGGAAGGAGUAACGUUUUCCAGGAUUUAGACCGUGACUCGCCCUAGAAGAUGCGCUCAAUUUGCUUUUCAAAUGAGGCGUGAAGAGCGCGAGCGUGCACCUCCGAGUGUGAUGCUAUACAUUCGGACGUGCGUGUACAUGUGUGUGUGGCAGGAGCGCUGCUUUGUUUUCCCAGCGCUCUGAUGUGUGUGGACAGUCUAAGUGCUCUCUCUCACAGCCAAUGUGUUACAUGGCUGCCUGUGUUACUGCUCCUAAUUGAAUAGACACACCAGCUCCUCUCGGUGGAGGAUACUCAGGCCUCCUUUCCCAGCAGGCCCAGCAGCCAGUGUGUCACCGUGCUGCCGCCCUUUAUGUCAGCCCUCACGGAUGAUUCAUUGUUUACUGAUUAUUUCUGCUAAGUGAGAACACAGACUGCACACUUCAUGCCAGCUCCACGAACCCCCCACCCCCCACCACCAAACCUGGCGUCUCAUUUCCCAUCAGGCCAGUUUCCGUCCCGGCCCCUUCUUCUGGCACUUUACCUCAGCACUGUAGCCCAGGAUGUAGGUCCAGGUGUCCAGGAUGAGUGCUGGUGACCCGCUGUGCCCGAGCAAGAUGUAUAGUCUGUUGAUUGUUUUCCAUCAAUCUGCCCAGGAAGAAUGGAUCGCUGGCCAGGCGCUGUGAGCGGCGCUCUCAGUUUCACACGCCACAAUGGAAGGAAAACCUGCACGGCAUGGGGGAGACAGGGAGGGAGAGAUACAGGGUGUGAUAGCAACAUAAGAAUUAUCCUUUUGAAUAUGUCUUUACUUGUAAUUUCCCCCCUUUUCCCUGCAUAAUUUCUCACUUUUCUCAAGAACAUAAAAAAAAGAAAACAUUUACAGUUGGCUAUUUAGCGCCCAAAUCUGAGUUAUUUUCAAGUUCAAGCUUUUCAUUUCUGCUCUCCUAUAUGAGUUUUGUGACAUUGAGCUUGACUAAUUUGAGCUGCAAUGUUAAAAGAAGAAAGGGAAUCUUCAAGGGAGUGUCUCUGCUGUAAUUAAACGUAAAGCAGCGACGUCAACAUGCAGACAAUUAUGGUCAACAGCAGUAUUCGAUCAAAGGGACGAUAUAGUCGUACAUUUCUGAUAUAUUCUUUAUACUUUUGCAUUAAUCAUCAACAAAUGAGGCCCAAGCACAUGUCAGCGUUCCAGAUCAAAAAGCAGAGCUGAAUUUAAAGGCCUUUGUUUGUGUUUAUGUAACUGAUGAGGGGAGACAAAGUAAGGCGUAGGCAAUCGACUGAGACACUUUGUUGUUUUACACCGCCUCACCCCCUUUGUGUGUGUGCUGCUCAUGUUGUUUGUUUGUUUACCGGGUGGCUUGACCUCACUGGGAGGAAUGUUCACUCGUUUCCUUUUCUUCUACGUCUCCUUCUGUGUUUGUCUCUCUGAUUUUUCCUCUUCAUCCAUGUGUGUGUCUCUUCUUCAUCUCUCUCUUCCUUCUCUCUAUCUCUGCCCCUCCGUCUAUGUCUCUUUUCUUUUGGUCCUCCCACUCAAAACCUCCAGAUUUAACUCUGAAGGUUUUUGCGGUUAAUCACACUUGGAAUCUUCCCCUCCUGUUUGAACGUUCCUCCUCGGCGCGCGGCGUGUUCUUCCUCAAUCUGGGCGUGCGGCACGGGAGAGAGUCGCGCUAAUUAUCCCGGUUAUUGGCUUCCCCAACACAGAGGCUGUGAUUUACAUGAGGUGACAUUCAGUUCAAAACGGGCAGACCUUUGCAACCUUUUUCUGGAAAACAAUUAACAGCACCGCUUUCUCCUGUACCCUCUUUUUUUUUCCUCCCUCUUUCUCACCACUCCCUCUCUCUCUUCCUCUGGCUAUUGUCUUCACACAAACAGGGAAAAUUUACUGCCAAAAGAGUGAGGGCUGUGCAAUGAGAGGAAACUGUUGGAGUAUUUUCUGUAGCUGGUGAUUUCUAGCUUGUUAAUUGACAGUUAUUUGUUGUGGUUGUUAUUCAGAGAGGGAGUUUGGAGUACAGCUAACAAGAUGAGACACAUUUAUAUCCCUUUUUGCAGGAUUUAGGCAAAUGCAAGCCCUUAAACUGUGUCACAUUUGUACAAUAUGCUUUGAGAGCUAGUCUACAUCUCCCACUUUUGACCCCAGAAAAUUCAAGAAAAACACUCUCACUCACUUGUGCGCCUAGACAUAUAGCCCACACACACGCACGUUCAAACACAAAGACAAACUUACAAGCACGCUGUUAAUGAAGCGCGUCUCUCUUCUGUCAUGACGCCCGUGUUAGCAUGACAAGAUGUUUACACACACAAUCGCGGCCGCGCCUCUGAUGUGGGCCUGGAUGAAAGAGAGAUGAGAGGAGAGGAGGAAGAGGAGGCAGCGACGUGACGGUGAGCACCGGGUAUGGACUGCUUUUCUCUGUUUGACAGGAGGACAGCUGUAACAGAACCCCACUGAGAGCCGAGAGAAAGAGAGAUAGAGAGAGAGGAAGAUGUACCUGCAGGAAAAAUGUUCAGUAAAGGAAAGACGCUUUUAUUUCCUCUCUCUUUCUCUUUCUCUGAACUCAACCACACUCUCGAAUUCGGAGGAAAACAAUUAGAUCCACCCGCUUCCCCUUGUCCCGCAGUGUAGAUUACAAAUGAGCAAACCUGGCAUUUAUCACAUCACUACAAACAUUUAUUAAAGCCGGUUCCCCUCCAAAGCUGCAGAGAUAACAGUGGGUAAUUGCAGAGACUGGCUCUAUUAGUUAAGUAUGCCUAAUGUCACUGCCUCAGAGCAUUAAUGGACGCCGUAGUAUUAUGUUCCUGCGCUCAUUACCACCCCACUCCCCCUUCAAACAGAUCCACACAUACACACAUAUUCACACACCCUCUCCCCCUUCAUUGACCCUGCAGCAGGAGUCUGUGCCACUCUAAUGAGAAAUGGAAAACACUACUCCGCAAGCUCCAAGACACACAUACACACACGGACACACGCACACACGCUCGGCGGGAGCCAUUACAAGGGGACAGAGGGGGUACAACAGUAUAAUCACACACGCCCAGGGAAACAAUUGUGCUGUUAUCAGAGUGAUCACAUUAUAAAAGUUUAAUAAACAGCAAACGGCCUAAUGGUGAAUUAGCCUGCAUCUGCCCUGUGUUGUGCCAGCCUAUAAUUAGUGAUUUAACAGAGACAAACAAAUGUUUUUAGCCAGAGAUUUUCACAGUCAACAGAUUUGCAGUUGGACAUAAAUUAUCCGGCGUGACCAGAAUUAAGAGAAAAUGUGUGUUUAAGGGGUGAUAUUUGUGUGUCUGUGUGUGUGUGUGUGUUUUUCAAAUUCUGUGAUCUCAACUCCAGGAUGCCAAAGACAAAAAGUCACGCGCAGACAGUCGCACAAACAGAGAACCACAGAGAGCAGAGUUUGGCUCAAGCCCCAGUCUGCUUCUCUAAGUGGCACUUGAGAUGUGUAUGGAGAGAGGCGGAUGGGUGCUUGAGAUUGUUGAGGAGGAGGAGAGAGUGAAGGAGGGGGAGGAGUAGGGGAGAGAAGAAAAGAAACAGGGAAAGACGGCGAUGAAUGACGUGGAGUAAGUUUAGUCAAGAAGAGGGAGGAAAAAAAAGGACUAUCCUGCCACUCUCCUGGGCCAAACGAGCUGUUGUGUGUUCUGAUACUUUUGAGUGUGUUUGCUUGUGUGUGUGUGUGUAUGUGUGUGUGUGGGCAUUGACAUUAAAUCGAUGACAAUUUAUAAUUUACCAUCACAAGGACCUCUCACUUUUUAUAGGGCCUCCAUCCUCCCUCAUCAAUAUUACAUCAGGACCCAGACUCUCGGUGUGAGGGAGCAGGAGGGUGAGAAAACGGCUGAGGAGAGGGAAUAUGGCUUUAGUCCAGUUUGUGUGUGUGUGUUUGUAUGUGUGUAUAUGUGUGUGUGUGUGUGUGUGUGUGGGUGGCGGGGCGGGGGGGCCAUCUGCUGAGGUUGUAGAAAACAUCGCUUCCAGCAUACACAAAUGUGCAAACGCAUACCCUGCACUACCUUACAUGUGCGUGUGCAUGUGUGUGUCUGCAUCUGUCCGGUUAUUUUGUGUGUGUGUGUGUGUGUGUGUGUGUGUGUGUGUGUGUGUGUGUGUGUGCUUGCCAGCUGAGUGACAGUUUGGUAUUGAUCUGUGGGAGGCCCCGGUGUCAUUAGACCCAGUAUGGACCAGCAGGCACACGUGGAGGUCAGGGCACAGAGUUUGUGUGUGUGUGUAGGUGUGUGUCUGUGUGUGUGUGAGUGUGUGUGAGGAGGAGUGGGGGACCAAGUGUUCAGUAGUGACAGGCUCAAGCCUCUGAAAGAAAAUCAAUCGUGUCAUAAGAGGAAGGUUUCCUCCAGCUUCUCCCCCUCUCUCUCCUCCUCCACAUCCUUUCUCCCCUUUUUUCCUUUCAGUCUUUGUAUCUAUUUAUCUAUCAGUAUGAUUAAUAUUAUUAUCAUUAUCUAAACACUUUAAGUUCAUACUUUUAUCAGUCCCUCUUUAUCCAUAAUUUGGCAUCUUAGUUUCCCUCUUCACACAUACAUACACCUUCACACAUAAGCCAGCACUCCUGGGUCAGGACGGGGGUUGCAUGUGUGAUGUGGAGAUCAAUCUGAGGGGUUAUCCUGGCAAAAAAGAGCCAUUAGUGACAGAACUGAUCCUGGAUCAGCCCUCAUUAACUUAAAGGGCAGAGGGGCUGUUUGUCCAGAUAAAAGAAAUGACCCUAAAGCAGGGCCAAUUAACUCGGAGGGCAGAGAGCACUGGAAUUGAUGGCAUGCGCCGUUUUGUUUAAUAAAAGUUUGAUUAGAAAAGGAGCUGAUUGGGCUUUUGUUUUAUUGUGAAUCUAAGCUGUCCCUCAGUUAUUUAUUAUUAAGGAUGAGCGCAUACACGCAGACACACACGCGCACACACGCACGCACGUAGGGCAAGCCUCCACCUGUUCUCCUCUCUCCUCUCUCGCCUGAGGGGACGAGUAUGGUAGAUAACAGUUUGAGUGGGCCUGCUGCAAAACACUAAUCAGACCUAACACUGCCUAAUUAGCACAGAGUCCGCUGAUUGGCUUACAGCAAUAAUUAACACAGGUGAGAAUAAUUAGCUCCCCAUAGACCUGUUUGUGCCUGUGUGUGUGUAUGUGUAUCUGUAUGUGUAUGUGUGUGUGUGUGGAGGAUGUUAUUAUGCAGUCUUAGUCCCCAGUGAGACCGAGGAGGCAGAGGGAAGAAUCAAACUCAUUACUGAAACCAGGCCAACCUGUGUUAGGUGCUCCGCUUUCCCACACCCAGAGAAUUAGCCACAGAGAGAUCCACCUUCCUCCCCAUCCCUCCCUCUUUCUCUCCCUUCAUGUGUAUGUGUGCUUACUUUCUCUCUCCUCUCUCUUCUCUCUGUCCCUUUCCCUUCAGCCCCCCCCCCCCCCCCCCUCUCACCAACGACUGAAGGUGCGUUUGAGGAAUCUCACCGCUAGGUGAACCUGCUAAGAUAAGAUGAAACACAGACAUGGGGCAUUUUUCUAUCAUAUUCUGUCUCUCUGGUGGUCUGCUUCUUGCUUUUAUCCCCCGCCCAGCCCUCCUCCAGUCUCUCUUCAGUGUAACAAGAACAAAAUAGGUUGAGAAAAUGUUGGCGAGCGCCGUCUCCCUCUCCUUAUAAAAAGCUUCAGCGUAUAGCCUCUCCCUCUCCAUAAAAUUGUAUACAGUCCACUCCAUGAACUACCACUUAUUGCGGGCUGUAUGCAGGAGAUAUUGAAUCAUGUUCAGCCAACGCCUCAUCCAGACUCUCAGAGAGGAGCAGAGAUGGAGAUAAUGACUGAAAAGGAGAGACAAAGAAAAAGAAAAACAAGGGACAGUGUUUUGCCGAGAGACUGUCCGUCGUUCAUCAGUCUGUAAGCAGCAUGGUGUCCUCCAUCUCACUCCUCCUGGUUAUUUUUGCCAAAGUGCCGCUUCUUUGAUCAAGCCAACAUCACAGAGAAGAAGACGGGCACGCAGACAUUGAGAGGGGGUUAAUAUUGGAACACAAUUGACGGCUUGUCACUUUUAGCUCCUAGGCACCAACAUCCCAGAGUAGUUAGUUAGGUGCCAGUAAGGGAGGAAGAGGGGGGCGACUCACACAAAACGCACACACACACACACACUCCAAGGAGAGCUUUUUGAGUGCUAAAUAAAUUACAAGUAGCGAUGUAAAUUGGUGUUUUCUUGGUGUGUGUGGCUGCUUCAGGGAUGUAUUUUUCAUGUCAAGACAUUUUAGAGUGGUUUAGGAGUGCAGGAUGUACGGGUAAUGAAUUUAACCCACCAAACUGAGCACAAACACACACACAAACACACAGUUUAGCUCUCGUGCGGAAGAGAGGCGGUAUUCACCUGACCGCAGGUGCAUGGCAGCAUUAAUGCGAGGCACAUACAGCCCCUGACUCCCUCCCUCAUAUUUCUUUUCCACACUAUUGUUCUCCACUCAACUGGGCCCGGGGAGGUGCCAGGGGGGACACCAGCCUAUAAGCGAACACUGGUAGAGACACAGUGGGAGAGGGAACGCUCAUUGUUGGCUGACUGAUCUCCAGUCUCGUGCUGACAAGUCUCCCGUGUUUGCUGCUUUUUUUUGUGUGUGUUGUUGUUGUUGUGUUCCUUCCCUGGCACACACUUGCCUCUUAAAAAAAGGCAGCUUCUGCCUCUGUCACACCUUGGCUGUCAACACAGCGCUCACCCGCACUUCACUCCACAUCACUGCAAGCCAUACGAUGCACAGAAACACAUGUAGAGAUGUAUGUACGAGCUAAAUGGAUGUACUCAAAGGCAGCUUAAACGCAUAUAAGAGCUGUAAAAGCGGUGUUUACGGGAGGCAUUUGCAUAGUGUUCAUAGCACUUUCUGCCUCCUGUCUCCUUAUGCACACACACACAUACACACACAUACACACACUCUCAGGAGCUGCACUUUUCCCCCUUGAAUACUCUCUACAGGCCUUCCUGACUAAAGAAACAAAAUGAAAGAAGGUUGAUUGAGGCAAAACAAGGAAGGUUGUUUUUUUCAUAUUUCCUGUUUCAAUAAUUAAUAUGCAUGAGUUUUAUGGCCGCUUAAGAUGCGAUCAAUUAUUCAUUAACAGCAUGUUAAUUGCAUCCACAGUCGUGAAUAUUUAACCAAACACUAAAUCAAUGGGGUCGAAUGAGCAGCAAUAUGGACAUUUUAUAAGCUUUGCCAAAAUUGGGUUAGGCUUUAAUGAAAAACGCCAGAGAGCAGAUUGAGAAGGUACAAACGUGGUGAAAACUCCACCAAAGGACAGGAGCUUGUGUUUUGAAAGCAGGCGAUGAUAUGAAUAAAUGCAGACUGUUGACUGGUAAUGGUAAAGUGUGUGACUCUUUGCCUUUUUCUUCUGCUUUGUCUCUUUAUUCUCAUCUCCUUCUUUUUUAAAUGGAGAGGAUGUAAUCUCCUCAUCUCUGCCCACUGUAGCCAGCCUUUUUCGCUCUCAAAGACUCCAGACUCCUUUGUCCUGGAUCUUUGUGUACUUGUGUGUGUGUGUGUGUGCUUGUGUCUGUGCAGCUCUUGUUUGUGUGUGUGUGUGUGUGUGUGUGUCACAGCGGUGUCUGGACGUUGACAUUUCUCUGCUUGGAUAACCAUCGCGCCCUCUGUCCCUCUGUCCCUCCAGCCAUGACGCAGGGUAAUGUCACCUGUCAGUCUCAAACUCCUACUUACAACCGCUCCCCCCACCCUUCUUUAACGCCCCCCUACCUUCCCCACCCACAUGGAACACCACCACCACCAGCAGUCCACCACCUUCUCACCCCGACCCUAACUGGACCUCACCUGCAUGGGAGACAAAACCCUCCAUCUCCUCCUUUUCUUCUCCUUUUGUCUUCCUCUGCGGUACCUCAUGUGACUCCAUCUCCAGCUGCUCUUUCGCUGCCUUCUAUCCAAAUGCUAGCCCACCCCUCCCUCUUUCCUACAUUUGCCCUCAAGAGCCAGAAUAUGAAAUGGGAAGAAGUGCUUGCAGUGAGUGGGAAAGUCAGGGGUGGGAAGUUGACUUUUUGUCUGGACCUGAGUGUGCCUGUUUUCAAUUACUCUCGCUGCACAGGCAGGGUGGAGGUUUAUGCGUUAUAUGGGAAUGUAAUUGACUAUAACUGCCCUCUUAACAUUAACCAGGUGUACUAGCUGAGUGUGUGAGAUUAGGCCCCAGGUCUCGGCCAUUAUGGCAUGUGUGGACUUUUCUGUCUGUGUGUGUGUUGUUGAUGUAUUUAUACCCUGCUCCUGUGAGGUGCUGCCCAUUAGCACCAAGUUUAAACCUGACAUUUUUUCCUGUUUUCUUCUGCAUGUGUGUUUAUGCAUGUGUGUGCACUCUGACUUCUUGUCCUUUUGUCGAAGUUUCAUCAUGCAUCUGCCUCUGUGUGCACAUGGGAAUGAAAGGGAAAGUCAAAAAAAAAAAAAAAAGAAGAGGCAGGAUACAGAUCCAGGCGGCUUCAAGGGGGGCCUGACUUUACAAGGACAAAGUCAAAAUGGGCCCAUUCACGGGGCUGACACACUGUGAUUUGUAUGUAUAGUGCUGUGCAGCCUGCGGGGCACUAGCCCAGGGGCUAUCACUGACACCCAGUCCAGUGCAAGAGCACACAGGAGGGAGGCAGCGGAGGAGAAUCAGGAGUCUGUGUGUGCGUAUGUCUGCUUUUGUGUGUGUGUGGGUGAGGGAAGAGAAGCAUCAACAGGCUGUCAAUCAAGCCCAGGCCACUGCCUGUCACUCCUCGAUAGAGCUCAUCCAGCGCAGAAUGGGAGUCCCUGGGACCCUGGGAGGAGAAAGGCGGGAGGAGGAGGUUCAUGAGGGGAGCAGGGAGGAGACGACUGUCUGUCUGUCUCAGUGACUCGGUCUUGAUUUGAUAUUUGAUACCGAGCAUGUGGCAUUUGAAUGCAAAUCUAUUUUGAUUGUCCCACCGUCUGAUAGGGUUAAGAGGAACCUAUGGGGGAUAUGCAUGUAUGCAUGUGUACCAGAGAGACACACUCACAUACAAAAUGAUACGGAGCAUUAUUCAGAAGGAUUGUAUUACUCGCCAAUUCACUUACAUUAGGCUUUUUUCUCUCUAAAAGCAAUAUAAAUAUAUCUAAUCAGAAUAAAUAUAGGCAAUAGAUCAGAGGCUAAAAUAAGAUUUAUUUCUCCUUGUGUGUGAAGCAGAUCUAUUUAUGUGCAAAACUUGGCUUGGUUUUAAUGUAUACAUCUCUCACAUAACUGCAUGUGUUUGUUUUAAAAUGUAAGCAGGAUAAUUAUUUCCCUCACGCAUGCAGAGGAUUGUGUUUAAAAGCAAGCAUGCCAAGUAGGUAGACAGACAGACAGACACAUAGACGGGUGGAUAAAGCCAGUAUUACUGCAGUAUGGAAAUGUGAGGCUCAGUUCCCUCCCAAUUAGAGCAGUGACUUCUGAAAUGCCAUAAUACCCAUUAAUUAGCAGGCUGCUAUUUUCUCAGUGAUAUGGCUAAUUAGUCUGCGAGGCUCUACACUAUCUGGACCAUUAUUAUUGGGUUGAUGCCAUGCAAACACGCUCACCCAGGCUACACACACUCAUGUUGGAGUCGGUGCGCUAUAGCACAAGCACACUCAGGUUGUAUUUGUAGAGUAAAAGAGGAAGAGAUACACAUGCAGCGCUCAUUGCAACAAUUUCCCACAGCUGAGUGACCCUCAUUUAAGCGACACCAUUACACGCUUCAGUAGCAGCAAAGUAGAACACGACGGAGUUAAUGGUGAAGGUGGGAUGAGCAGUUACACACAGGACGCCCUCUUCUUCAAAUAUGCUCUUCAUAACAUGUUAUUAUAAGCUGAUAAAACAGCAGCACCCUCACCCCCCCUCUGUAUGAAACAACAGGAAAACGUUUCAGCCACUUGUAAUGACUUGACGUGUGUGUGCGUGUGUGUGUGUGUAUGUGUGUUUGUGGUGGUCUCCCCGCCUCAACAGUCCAUCAGUGUCUCCCACCGGACAGACAGGCCACUGACACAGCACCACCGGGCUGGGGAACCUUUUCAAUCACUCGCUCACUUUUCCCUCUCUGUCAGGUGGCAGAAAGGCGUGAUUGAUCUGUUGUUCCUCGGCAGCGGUGAAGGAGUAGAAAGAAGUUGUGUUGAGUAAAAAAAAAAAAACAGGUCUGGCAUGUGUGACAACCACUUUCAUAAGUUUAUUAAUCAUCUUCAUCAAUAAUGCAGCCCUGGUCCUGCUGUUGGUUGUCAUGCAGCUUGUGUGUGUGUGUGUUUCCACACAUGUGUGUACGUGUGUUCACACUCCUCACAGCCCGAUGAACUUCAUAAGUGUCCCAUCACCACUUUAAUCAAAUUACUUAUGAACCAAAAUUGACAGUUUUCAUUAAUUAUAAAGGAUUAUUCUAAUUGCGAUUCAAAUUUAUUCAUUUAGAACAGACGGCAUUCAGUAAUGUUUCAGGAAAUUUGCAUAUUAAAUGGAGAGGGUAGGCUAUUAGCUAUGCUAAUGUAUGCAUGAUUCCUUAUUUUGUGAUUGGUGGGCCAUAUGUAGCAGGCUGGGGGUGUGCAGGUGAGGAAUCUAGAAGGAGCUGUAAUAUGUUUGAUAAACAGAGGGAUGCAAGGCCAAAACACACAUGUCCACACGCACAUACACACACACACACACACCCACACUCUGUAGGAAGCCAUACGUCUGUGUUCAGUAUCCAUCUCCUCUGUUUUUUCCACAGUCACACACACACACACACUUUGUCUCACAUUUUCUCACUCUCUCCCACUCCCUGCUUCCAUAUUCCUCCCUCAAGACCCAUUGGUGGGAACAACUUUUCACCCGAGAACAAACACAGCACACUAAUUAAGUUUCUGAUUUCUGAUCCUGCUGCAUUUAGAAACAUAACCUUGAGCCUGCGUACACUCACAGUCAUAGUUAUGAUUUAAUACGGUGCUUAAAUGGAACAAAAAGAAAGAACUUUUGCAAGCGGCACAUUCAUCCCCACAAUGUAUGGGGCCGGUCGAGGGUUGACACAACGCUCUUUAUCAAGUUAUAUAUAGUGGAUGCAUUAUGCAUUAAGUUUAACAUGCACUUAAAUCAACACUAUUCAAUAUGAAUACAUCAGUCCUCAACCAAGGUGGAGAGGAGAACAGUUAGGGUGUAAAUGACUGCACAGGGAGGAAAGCAGGCGGGCUUAAGCAUGCGGUCACAUACACACACACACACACACACACACACACACCCGCAUGGUCACACACACCCUUCGGCGUGUAACCCAGCUGAUGACAGGGCCAUUAUUCACUGGUCAGUCCCACGAGGGCAGGGUUGAGGCUGGACAGGGUAGCAGAGCGUCCCAGCAUGGCAAGACAGCAUUGAGGUGAGAGGGACCAGGACCCUUCAUUACUCCUGUGAUCAGGGGGGGGAGGGCCUGGAGCGUUCUCUCUCUCUCUCUCUCCCUCUCUCUUUCCCUCCCUCUCUCCUUCCCUCUCUUUCUCUCCCUCUUUCUUUGUCUCUGUCUCCAUCAGAUUAAUGGGCCAGGCCCCGACAGAGGAAGUGUUUCAAUCAGCACCGCCUGCCAAGCUUGUCCAUCAUCUGGACAGCCUCUUAUUCAUCAUGGCUUUGAUACGCACACACACUCAGACACUCUCACACACACACAUUCAUGCGCAAAUACACAAAUGCAUGCACAGAUGUUUAUUUGGUUGCAUUUCCCCCUGGUGCUCUGGUGUAAAUCCAGGCCACAGGUAGCGAUCUUAUCAGGCUACAAGUUGUUGAACCCGGCUCUCUUUUCUCCCUUCUACGCUGUUCCCUCGCAGCACAGCUCUCAUUGCCUGUCUUUCAACGCUUCCGGCACCAUUUCUCAGUUGAAUUUUGAAUGAUCCUUUUCGGAUGAAAUGGAUGAAACACAAUUGGUUAAGUGUCUCUGGGACUUCUGUCCCCAAGCUGGGACUGGAGCUCCGGCUUCACGGAGAAGCGAGGAGCGAUCUCUCCCAAGUGGGGCCUCUCCCUGAGCGGCAAGUUGCAGCACGGAUCCUCCCUGACCCAGCGUCCCCUCCUCCUGGGUCCAUUUGUUCUGAGAAAUAUUUAACAUCGGGGCAAAUUCAGCUGACACGACAUGCACACACAUCGAGCAGAUACGGACGAGGAGGAGGAUGGGACGAUGCACGGAGCGAGCUGGAAAUGAAUUUUUCAGCGCAGUGAGAUGUUCUAUUUGAAUAAAUCAUGACACUUAAGAUAGACAUGGGGGCAAUAUAGAGGUGCGCGCUGCUACUUUAAAGAGUAGCACUCCAAAGGAAUGAAGCUAAGGAUGUAUGUUUGUGAUGGUCUCUUUUUUUUUGACUGCCCUCUUGUUUCUGUGUGUUGUUGCAUUUUUUUUCUUAUGUUGUGUCUUUUUUCGAAGAUCUGUCUUUCUGAUAUUUAUAUGUCAAGCUGUACUAGAUGAUUUCUGCAAGUAAACUGGGCCACUGCAGCCUGUUACAGCCUGGUGUCCGAGGCCCAGGGCCAGACCCAGAGACAGACCUGGUUCUGGAUUAUUAAUGUCCCCCCCUGUGGAGCCAGGCCCCCUCCCCCACCCAGUGCCCCCCUACACCCCUGGGGUCAGCCUGCAUGGCUCCUGGUGCAAGGCCCCUCUCAUAAAUCUCCCUAAAUUAGUGUGUGUAUGUGAGGGGUGUGUGUGUGUGUGUGUGUGUGUGUGUGUGUGUGUGUGUGUGUGUGUGUGUGUGUGUGUGUGUGUGUGUGUGUGUGUGUGUGUGCGCGCCUCCACACUUAAACAUAUACUGCAGGCAGGGAGACAGGUCACCACGAAAACAAGCCAGUCAGGCUCUUGGUUGAAGUGUCAGUGAUGCAUGGCGGAAAGAGCGAAAGAAAGAGUUGCAGAGGAAAGAAAGAGGACGAGAAAUGAAGCUCAAGGGGAGGAAAAGAAAAUACACAAAACAGGACCUGAGGAAGGUAUUUGAUUCUCGGAGAGCGCCAGACUUCACUUUUACUUCAGCCGCCUAUUUAUCAGUCCUGUUUUCUCCUGUAACAUUAUAUUUGCUUACAAAUAUUUACACUUCAUUUGAACUUGCCUCGGACUUCAUUAGGAUUGAUUUUGUCCGCACAAAUCUCAAUGUUUAAUCGCUCAAGUGCAGUAUCUUCCAUUCCUCUACCUGCCUAGAUUAGUUCAACAUGUCCCACGGUGGUAACAGGCAAGGGGAAGUGCUGUUGUGUCACUUAGUUAACCCCCGAGACAAAUGGCUCCCCUCCGGAGCACAGUGAAUUACACACCUCAUGAAGCAUAUUAGGAGCCAGACACACUGCUUUUCUUCUGGAGAUGAUCUGUACGGCUGAAAUGGAUGGAGGGAGACAGAGAGGAGAGGGCUGAGUUAUGGUAUCACCCACAGCCAUUUUUACUGUGCAUCAGAACAAAACAGCAGAGCCGAGAGAGGAGGGGCGAAAGAGUAAAGAAAUGAGGCAGGAAGACGUACGGCACAAUGAGACACAAAAGGCUGAAAAGAUGAAUAAACCAGAAGCACCGAGGAAGAUAAAACAGCACAGCUCCAAAGUUAUCUGUGUUAAAUUUGACAAGGAAAACAACUCUUUACCUCAUUUGUUGCUAAUGUAGGAAAAUUAUUAGAAAAUAUAACAGAAUUGUCCCUCGGAGGCUUCCGUGCUGUUAGCUAAUCGCGUAGACAAUCUUUAUCACCACUGUAAUAAUAUUUAGAUGCUACAGGGAUUACUUAAAAGUUGUGUUAUAAUUGCUUUCCUUGUUUUGUUUUUUAUGGGCAGAGGUGAUUUUGUGUUUAAUUGCUCCAAAGUGACAAAUAAUGGCCGUUAUGAUAUGAUGAAAGUGUGAGAUCAUUAAAUUACUACGGCGACCGGCUGCAUGUGUUUAUUCGUUUGUUUUUUUCGCUUUUACAAAUUUACGCCACGAGGCUUCGAGAGGCCAAGCAGUUAUUUACACAAAUUCACUUCCACAGCCGUUCCUGGAUUUGGGGGUAAUUACGUGAGAGCAAAAUGGUUUUAUUUCAUUUAAUCCAGGACGGAGCAGCAAUUUGCACGGGUAAUAUUUGUAGCUGUUGAGUCUGCAUGGCGAAACAGCUUGAAACCAGCGAGGCUCUCGGAUACAAAUGAGGUAGAGCGGACCAUCAUAAAAACAAGAGUUUAUGCAGGUGACAAUAUUGUUGAUAGAUGAGCAAAAAGGUACAUUUUUACAAGUUAAAUUUUGCAGCAUUAUCCAUGAAAAGUUGAAGCUAAGCAGGGCCGCAGCUAAGAUGACAAAAAACAGAGGUGUCUAAAGUCCCCCCCAACAACUUUUGCUGGUGAAGUCACUACACAAAAAUGUCUUUUAAUGCUUAGAUCAGAGUAGGCGGUGUCAUACAAGGGCAUUUGAGAUAACUAGAGCAGGAUUAUGGACUAUGUCUUACAAAAAACAAUUGUGAAGCAAUAAAUUAUCAUUCUGAUGGAUUGGAAAUCGAGGGAAACAGUGAAAUAGAAAGCUAAAGAGAACAAAUGAGAGAAUUAUAGGCUAUCGUCAUUUAUCUGUCCAUAUUUACUGGUCAGCUGUCAAUCAGAUUAUCUAUAAAUCCUUAUGCUAAUCUCUUUGCUAUUGCAUAUCAUCACGCACUGCUUGAUCCACCCCCCCUCCUCCGCACACCCACUCUCUGCUGAUCCAUGUAAAUGUGUGCAGCGGUGAUUCCAGUCCCUCGGCUCCCGGGGAGAUGAGAUAGAGCACGGAGGAAUCAACAUGCUACAGUUUUGUAAUGUUUCCGUGCGGCUGACUCCAGACACCUUAAGUCGUGUAAAUAAUGAAUCAGAUGAUCCACGCGUGCAGGAGAUGGAGGGGACACGCUGACAUAUGGCAAAGCGAAUGAGGCAUGCUGACUUUCUGACUUACUGUCUUCAUCUCUUUUUUUAACGCUUGGUACUUCAGCACAGUCUCACUUCUUUCUCCUCCUCCUCCUCCUCCUUUUUCUCCGCCAAACCAAACUGUAAUAUUUAACCCCCUCAUUUGGCCACCCCUGACUCGGCUGACCCUCGCUCCUCUGUAUCCACUUAUCCAUCAUCUGUCCAUCAUGAAUACCUCAGAGGAGCAGGAGAAGGACACAUCAGGGGAAAAAGCAGAGUCAAUGAAUUAAACAGGAGGGCCAGCGAGGAAGGUGGGGUAUGUUGGACAAGUGGAUGUGGUCCACAGCUGUCUGCACGGCUGCUCUCUGACCCCGAGGAGAUAAGAAAGUUGGGAGACCCUCAGCCUUUGGGGUCCAACCGCCACUGUGAAAAAAACCCUCCAUCUCUGUGCUUCAUGAAUUAUUGAGUUAUUGGCCUACAGCUUCUAAAAUAUACAGGAGGGUGGUCUGUCUCUCCUUUCGGAUUUCACGUGCACCGUCCUUCUGUCUAUCUUUCUAUCAUUUUCUCCUCUCACUUUCUGCCCCCCCCCCCCCCACACACACACCCGUCUCAGUCUGUCUAUUUUCCCUUUCCCCUCUUCUCGUCCAGAUUUAGCCUCUCCAGCCAGAGAGAUCGUAAAUCAGAACACAAACAAAGCAGAAGGAGAGAAGAAAAAAAAAGGAAAACAAGAGCAGCAAAGAAAGACAGUUUGUUAUUCACAUCAUAAGAGGCUUUCUCUUCUUUACUCAGAAGAGAACAGCGUUUACCACUAACCAGCUGUCAUGCGUUUAAGAGUUGUCAGGGAUAAAUUCACCAGUUCUUGUGUUACAUCAGAUGCUUGUAAUGCGCGCAGCAGUAAGCCGGUCCUUGAAAUGAGACAGAACUCUGAUCUGUCCAUUUAUCUUCUUUGCUCUCUUGUUUCUUUUUUUCCCUCCAGAUGAAGCAAUUGUCCAAGGCUGCUUACUGUGUUUCUCCUGACAUGUCUCUCUUUCUCUCUACGUGUGUGUGUGUGUUUGUGUGAGCGUGCACGUGAGAUGCGACUCCUCGUGCAUGAUUGUAUCUAAGGCAGUUGGCUCCAAACGCGCUGCCCAGUGCAGAAUCCUAGCCAUAACAAAUGAACAGUGGGUAGAAAAUAAGACAUAUGAAAGAAAAGCUGAGCAAAGGAGUGAUUCUCUCUCUGGCUGCUGGAGAUCUGUAUUGUAAGCAGUUUCAGCUGUCAGCACUUCUUUGAGCUUCCUCAAAGGGAGGAGGAGGAGGGAGGGAGGCGGGAAAUGUUGUAGUUUUAUUUCCCCCCCUUUUGAGGGUUCCUGUUUAUUUGUACACGGUGCUGUUUAUUUUUGCGGUUCAUUUGAUGUAGUUUUUCUUCUUCACAAACAGACAGACAAUAGAGAAGGGAGAGUGGAGGGAUGUUCACGACUGUAGUUUGCUUAAAGAAGAAGUUAUCAGGCUUUAAACUACAGGGUGGGGCCAGGGAAUAAAUUGUCAGACGUCCCCUCUCUGCUUUUCAGGCCCUCGGUGCCCCCCCACACUUACACACUCCCCCUCUAUACUCCACCUACCCCUCCUCUCCAUCCCUCCCUCCCUCAUUAAGUAUUGAUGUGGGUAGCCAUACUUGCCAUCUCAGCCUAUUAAUAAUGCAUGGCAGGUGCUGUUGAUGUGGUCUCUCACACUGAGAUUGAGAGAGGCAGGAAUGGCAACACUGUGCUGCAUAGUAGCUACAGCACAACCUCCGUCACAUGCUUCUGCAGCUGGGGGGAGUUGAGAGGUGGGGGGUAUGUGUCUGCUGCCCCGGUGAGUUUAUGGCAAGCUGUGACAGCAGCUCAGAGAUGGAUAUACAAGGUAGCAUCUUACUCAAUAUCCCCGAGCUGUUUUUACAUCCAAAACUGCCUUUGUCAUAAACAACUGAUGGAUGAGGGUGGGAGAGUGUGUGAGCCCUGUCUGCCACUGCGGGUUUUAUUUGUUUUAUUCGUGUUUCGUGGUUUGUUGGAGUAGCUCAUACUUUCACUAACUCAUUUGUUUUUCUCUGUCUCUCUGUGUUUAUGCAGGUUCUUCCUCAAGUUCUUCCUGAAGUGUAACCAGAACUGCCUGAAGAAUGCAGGGAACCCUCGAGACAUGAGGCGUUUUCAGGUGAGAUUCGUCUAUCUGCACGCAUAUAUACAGUGUGUGGGUGUACAGUGGACGGCUUCAAUUCCUGAUUUGUUUUUGCAAAACAACACACGAGGUAACAUCAUAACCCCUUAAAAAAAGACAGGGUUUCUCUCAUAUAAAUGCUCUUUUUGCUUUCCCAAAGAUAAAUCCAGAGAAGAGGGAUUACUGUAUGUACCACUUAGAAAAUUAAAUUCAGUAUAAACAUAGAAAUAAACAUUCUUUUGUCCCUUUAAAAAAACAAAAAAAUAAUCAUGCAUCAAGCUUUAUAACUGCGGUAAUAGAGAAACAAAGCAUUUACAGGAACACUCUUGCAUAAAUACCUCAUUCACUCCAGUAACAACACAAUAAAAACACAAAAUGCCCCUCACAGUCAACAUGGUCUAAACAAUGCACACUGCUAGCCUUUCAAGCUGAACACAAUGCAGUCCUAAAGUAUCCUUUUGUAAACCUCUCUCAUGAAAAGUAGACAAAUAAAUGUAAACUCGAACAACGAUUAAGUCAUAUGACUCCCUUUAAACUCCUGUGAUGAGUUUCUAAAUGAAUAAAAACUAACUGAAAUUGAUACUGACGCACAAAAGCAAACUAGUCUGUCAUCAUAAAGACUGAUUAUUUCUACACUACGAUUUUUAACGUCUAAAGCUGCUGGCAGGGGGUAGAUGCCAGUCCAAGUGAUAAACUGCACUCUGCUGAAACAGCCUCAUUGUACAUUUGUCACUGCGACAGACUCCCAAGAGUCAUAUAUUUGACUUUUAAAAUAAAAAGAGGGUGAGAUUAAAAAAAUAAAGAGAAAGAAAACUUUACUUCAAAAUCAGCAACAAGAUUUGAGGUGCUGCUUUGUCCAUGGUCCUUUACUGGGCCUUUGAAUACAAGUUCUGACGUUGUGCCAUGAAGCAUUUCAGCAUCAUUUGGCUUAUUGCCGUGAUUUUCUAUCCCUCACUACUUAAAUUGCAGUCCACUCUCAUAGCUCUCAUAGAUGUUAACAGCUAAAGAAAGCAGCUGUUUUCAGUGACAAGGCUCUGAAAAGUUUUAAACUUCAGCAGGUGAUCAUGGUGAGAGAUGUGCAGCUGAGAAGUCAAACUCUCUCUUCAGGAGGCAAUGGAUACCAAAACCAGGGUUAAGAGUAUACUGUGUAGAAAUUGGACUAAAUAGAAGAAUAUAUCCUCUGGUCUAUGAGAUGAUGGUGUCUUCUGAGGACAAUGAGCACUUUUUGUGUGAUGCUCAAUUUUGCAAGAUUUUACCAUCAGAUCUCUUACAUCUAUUAUCAUAAUUAGUCUUGUGCAAAACAACCACUUCCUCCCGUUCUGUCUCUCAACUGGUGCAAAAUGCUAGAGCCCACAUGUUACAAGUAUAUCCACUCUGCUUUAGUAGACAAAUGGCAGUGCAAGACGGCUGCCUCUGUGGAAGGACACUGACUUUUCUUGUACAUAAAAAAUGCUGAUUCAAAUUUAAGAGCUGGAUGGUUUUUAUUUUUUUUUAAGUAAUUACACACUAACUUAAUACUUUCAAAUAUUCUAUUUUAUUUCUACCUUGUUUGCUCUGAUAAAUGCUGCUAAAUAAAAACACACUGCAGCUUCAAAAGUAAAGUUUAUAUUGGACUUAGUUGUAUAAGGUAGCAAGAAGAAUAAAGGUAAUUUCGCUCUGCAUCUUUCCACUACCCCAAGUGGCCUAACGACUUUAAUGCAGGUGUAAAAUUCCCUUAUUUCCUAUCAGAGGCUAUAGACACUGGAACUGAAUGAGAGAGGUCCAGAUUCAAAGGGAAGCUGGUUCAUGCAUCAUGUGCAGUGAUCUUUGUUAAAUGAAGCAAACUUUAUUCAUUGUUAAUUCAUGUUGAAUUAGAUCAUAUUUACAGCCAUGAAACUUAAAUAAAAAUCCUUAGAGGACAAAAACAGCGUGAUACUGGCGCUGUUAAUAUCUAUUCCUUCAAAAUAAAAGUCUGCCCGUACUUUAUUUUGCAGGAUUUCCUCUUGCCCUAUUAAGAAGUUAGUGUAAGAACAACACAGCCACAUACUAUAUGACAGAGUGAGAUUUAUUUUGGUUCAAUGGUCUCCAUCUGUCACCCUAUGUCUCAGGUGGUUGUGUCGACUACAGUGAGCGUGGAGGGUCAUGUCCUGGCCGUCUCCGACAACAUGUUUGUGCACAACAACUCCAAACAUGGGCGCAGAGCUCGGAGACUGGACCCGUCGGAAGGAACCCCAUCCUACCUGGAACACGGUACUAAAAGCAGGAACAAAAUCCUCAAGCUUUCUUUGUCUUCUUACUUUCUUUCUGUCUGCUCAACUCUCCUCUCCUCCCCCUCCCUCCCUCACCCCCCCUCUCUUCCCCUCCCUGUCUGGCUCAGCACUCAACCCCUCCUCUGUCUCCACUCUAUCCCCUCUCAAACCUACUCCCUCGCUUUCUUUCUUAUCUCUCCCCUGCUUCCUCCUAGAUUCUCACUUUCCUCUCUAGUAGGGCUUCUAACUUGCGCUAAGAGAGGAGCGAGUGGUAGCUAGAACGAGUCUCUUGUCUCUCCCUUGUGGCUUGCUCCCCUCAGGUCUCUGCCUCUGGGCCCUCUACUCUGCCUCGCAUAAGCACUAUGUGUCUUAUGAGGUCUGUUCUGCUUAAAGCCAACACUGGCUUUAUUUCCUCGGAGACCUGCUUUUAUCCUCCAGCCCUCCAUCACUCCCCAUCCCUCAGGUUUUCAAACACACCCAUACGCACACAAAAAGGAGCCCAUGCACACACACGUACACAGUCAGACCCAAACCUUUAAUACUUCAUAAUGACAUGUGCACAUGAUUUAGGAGCCCGCACUGAUUCCCAACUCCCUAAUCCAGUUAUUUUCUCAUUUCGAUUUCCCAGACAUUGAAUAAGAGAAACAUAUUUUUUUUCACUUUGAGGAAAGUCAACCUCAGGGAUGAUAAUGACAAAAUACUAAGACGGGAUUUACAUGACGGCCUACACUAGAUUGCAUUAAGAUUGAAUGUUGUGGUUAAGUCUAUCUAAUGACUAUCCUCCUGAGGCAAGGUGGACCAUUUGUCCCUGCGGCUGGUCUCACAGGCGAUCGGAAAAAGUUCACAAAGACGACACAUGUUGAGGGUGUCACUCAAACUCAGAGAGAAGAGCGCGCACAGCACGCUGACAGAUGUUCCCUGUGUCAGAGAGAUUUGUUUAGUAUUUCCUCCUCUCUGAUUUUCUACUCUCCCGAUGGUUGGGGUUUGAAGGAGGAACAACAGGAGUGACAGUAGGAGACAGAGUGAGGGAUAAAGAGAUGUGGACGCAAUGAAACGUAGAGGCAAAAGCCCCUGAUUGUACAAAGAAAAGAUGAAAUAACAAGAAAGAAGACAGUGGUUUCUUUCUCUUUUCAGCAUGUGUUGAGAUUGUGUGCAGGAUACACAACUUUUGGGGCCCAUUUCAGGCGGUAAUAGAUGAGCAGUGCAUGGAGUUGAACAGAUGGCACCGAGGAACACCCCAAAGUAUAAUCCUAUCACAUGGAUUCACGUUCCACCAUCUGGUUAAUCCACGCACACACAAACACACACACAUGCACAUGGAGCGCACAUAAUAUCAGCGGCUGUGAAAAGGAGGCAUCUUAGGCCAUGAUUACGGCCACAGAUUGCUGCUUGGUGAACGUUGAUCUCUGCAGGCGUAUCAGGGGGCUAAAUAUCAGUCCAGCUUGUUUGGGAGGAUCAACAGAACAGGGAGUCAGGCGAAGAGCAAAAGGCUAGGCUUCAGGGAAAAAAAAAGUCAGCCCAGUCUAAAGUGGAUUAUGCCGCUUUACAGAAUUACAGCAUGUCUGACAAGCUGCAUAUCUGUUAAGGAGAGGAGAUUUAGCUUGUAUAAACAUGUAUUUUCCCAUUGCUGUUCUUUUCUUCAAUCACAUCCAGUAAUCUCCAAGUCCAUAAUACCAGCAGAUAAGGUCGAAAAGCACAUUGAAUACCACUUAUUGAAAAUGUGCUUUAUUGUUGUUAUUCCAUGGACUUUUGUUGGAUAACACAUAAAGAAUAUGCUUUCAUAGAAAACGUUUAAGCUUACAAAAAUGCAUUACCCAAAUCCACACAGGAGCUGGAGUGACCAGUUGGCCUGGUGCUGAGAUAUAUGAAGCAGCCAGCUGAGCAAGAGCUAAGUGUUUGGUUAAUGAAGGCGGCGUAUUCAGAGGGCAGAGCUACUGUUGGCUCUGCUCUGCUCCCCGGUCGCGUGGCCUUUGAUCAGACACUCAGCACACCUGACAUUUACACGCCUGCACGCUUUGCCACGUGUCAUAAAACAAGCGCACCGCUGCUGCCCUCACACACAGGGCAGGGGUGAUGUUUAAUAACGGGGUGCGUAUAAUCACUCUGAUUAGUAUUCCUCGCUCGCCCCCGACCCCUGGGAGAGAGGAGAGAGGUGAUGUACGUGUGUGAAUGAGGGAUGGGAAGAAGAGGAGGUGACUGUACAUGAAGCUGUACAGGGCCUUUAUGUGCUGUCAUUAAGUUAGUUAGCAUCUAAUCUAUUUUGUGUGUUAAUCCUGCAGCGACCCCGAGCAUCAAAGCCAUCAGCCCGAGCGAAGGCUGGACCACAGGAGGCGCUACAGUCAUCAUCAUCGGAGACAAUUUCUUUGACGGUUUGCAGGUCAUCUUCGGAACAAUGCUGGUCUGGAGCGAGGUUAGUCACCUUCCUAAAAAAAAAAACCUCAAUGUUAUCAUGAAUGUGAUUGUUUGAGUGACUCUAUUGUGCACACAUUUUUCCAUCUCUAAAAUCAUCAAGAAUCCCUCACAGAUUAUAUCCGUUGCGUGGGCAGCUCUCCAAAAAGUACUAACUCCCCACCAAAGUUGGCCCAUGAUUCUUUACAUGAAGACCGUACUCUAAAAGGUUGUCUAACUCUCUUAAACUGGGGCAAAGGACAACUUUCUUUAAACAGGAAGAAACUUCAACAAGAUUUAUUUUGAGAAGUUUAACCAAAUAGUGACUUUUUCGUCUUAUAUUGUUUAAUUUAAAGGCCUUCAAGGAAAUGUUUGAGGUUUAACAGGAUAAAGAAAGAGUCAAAAGCUCUAUAAAUCAUUUGCAGGAGAGAUCUACAGUAUAUCUCUAUUUCUUAUGACUUUAAUCAUCCUGUGACCUGAUAAAUUUACAGUGUCAAUGGAUACCCCGGGGGGCACUUUGAUACUAACGUUGGGAACUCCUGUAGUAAACUAGAGCUCUUUUUAGUCUUUCCAAGGCCCAUUAAAGUUUAGAGCCAAACAUUUGCCGAAUUUAGCUUCUCAAAUUAAAAGAUUCCCAUCAGUUCGGCUUUUUAAAAGCAGUUUUUUUUUAGAUAAAUUUCAGAUGUUUUUACCUACUACUGACAAACUACUGGUGUCUGGAUGGUCUUUUGAGUCAUGUAAUAAGUGUUUUCUUGCAAAUUUCUCAUAAAAAAAAAGUAAGUGAAAAAAUAGUGAGCGCUCUAAUUGAUAAUAAAAAUAGUCAUUAGUUAGAGCCUUAUUAUAAACCAGUAUGAACAGCUUGCUUUCUCAUUUCUCUCUGCUGUGGUUCUUCCUUCUUUUUUCCUUUUUUUUUUAUUAUAUUUCUAUCUGCCUUCUUUGAAUGUGCGCGCACCGUACUGUAUAAAUCUCUUUGUAGGGAGCAUCUGCCACAUGACUAAAAUGUAAAUGUAGUGUAUGUGUGAAAUUGAAGGUCAGCGAGCGUCGCAGCUAAACAGCUUUCUCUUUAGUAAAGGAAUAAUUCUAUAAAAAGCUCUUAUAUUAUCUCGCCGAGAGGUGACGGAGGCCAGACAAUGGUAGAAUGAAAGCACAGCUAAGUGAGCAAUGAAAGGGACAGUUAGCACACACACAUACAAACACACACACACACACACACACAUAUACAGGUACUCACACACAUGGCUCUGGCAGCAGCAUUGAUAGCUUUUGAGCGCUGCUAGCUUUGAGUGCUAGUUCAGUAUAGCGUGCAGAAAACGAGCACUCACUGAGGUCUCAUCUGUGUUUUGUCUUGUUACCAUAUUCCUUCAAAGACCCUUCAGCAUGCACACGGAGACAUACAUAGGGAGUGGGCUCAUCAACCACACUAAGUGAGCCUGUUUAAGAGACAGUGGCGCUUUAAUGUGGCUAACAGCGGCUCGACAUCCUCGGCUGACAGACACAGAGACAGGGGCAGCAGCACAGACGGGCAGAUUAUACAUUUCCUUAUACUGUGUAAUAGAUGUAUGCAGAGGAAGGUGUGUUUUAUUCAUAAACAGAUAACUGCUUUUGAACCGCUCGUACAGAGCCCAUGUCACCACUGAUAACCAUCCUAAGCCUCACAGUGACAUUGCCUGAGGCUGCGAGGCCACCUGAGGGCUUUGGCGCUAACACAUCAUUUUCAGGCUGAUUAUACAAAGAAAGAGAGUCAAAAGCAGCAAAGGAAAAGGUCUGAGGCGAGCCCAGAAAAGUCCCCUGAGCACAUGUUUGGAUAUGAAGUUUCACUGCAUUAAUCUUUAUGCCUUCUCUGGUUCUCCAUAGCUGAUCACCCCCCACGCCAUCCGUGUGCAAACUCCACCCAGACACAUCCCCGGGGUAGUGGAGGUUACGCUGUCCUACAAAUCCAAACAGUUCUGCAAAGGCACACCUGGACGCUUCAUCUACACAGGUACCAGCUUUACACUAACACUUACUAAUGACACUCAUUAACAGCUGAAUCUACAGGGAUAAUGUAGUUUCAACCUAUCUGCUGACUUUUCUCAUUAAAUCUUCACCCAUACUCCCUACUUUGCUAAAAACAACUUUCUUUAAGAGUGGUGUGAGAAGACCUUGAAUCACACUGGUAUCUUUAAAAGUGGCUUUUACUUUCACUGUAAAUUUUAGUAUCUGCUCAGAGUAAUGUGAUACUGUUAUGAGCUGUCAUCGUAUCUACACUAUUUCUAGAGAAAUAUGCGCAUGCUAAACAAUUCAAAAUUCAAUAACAUGACUUAAUAAUUCAGUGAAAAAGCCUGCUGAUGAGAGGAAGAAAAGGGUUUUCCCCUCUUUUAUGAAGCAGGUGAAGGUCAGGGGAGGUUUAACCUUUUGAUUAGUGGGAUUAUUGAGUUUUAACCCUGUGGACGGCGUGAUUCACAAAGGAAGAGGUCCAUGAGGAGAGUGUGAUUUUCAGCAGCGAGUGCUGGGGCAUGAAUAGCUCAAGUGUUACAUCAGAGCGUAUCAGUGCAGAGUUAUAGCCGUGCGGUGAAAAGAGCGGUGGAGAGAGUGAAUGUGAAGCGGUGAUUAACCAAUGUGAGGCCGCAGGUCCCCGGGGAGAUUGUGAAUCACAUAAAUCUGUCUGUAAUCUCAACCACUGAUAGACUUAGGCUGUAAGCCCCAACUGGAAUUGCCAACAUUUGACAAAAUCACAAUUGAGAGUAUGUGUGUGCGUCACAUCACUGCUAUGCUUUUUUUACAUUUUGUGUGUGUCCUAAUUAUGGUGCAUGGACAGAAUCCAUGUCCAUGCACCAUAAUUAUGACUCCGUGUUUGUGUAUGUAUGGGAAAGGCUGCGAUAGGCUGCCUGUGUUUGUUUUUCACAAAAGUGUGAAUGUACCCCAAACACGCACUCGCAACCUGACAAGUAACUGCAUUACUAAGACAGAGGGCAGAUGGGUGGGCAGCCUUUACCAUGCCAGAGCUGUCCAACAGCCCACACUCUGCCAAACCCAUCAAGCUGUGUGUAUGUAUGUGUAUCUAUGUGCAUGUGUGUGCACAGCCUUUUAAUGUGCCAGACAUGUGGGAACCGUAUGCAUUAACGCCCUAUCUCUUCCCAGCCCUCCACUCUUUCCCCUUGUCACAUUCACUUAUUCCAAACUGGCAUCUUUUAGGACAGAUUCUUCCUCUCUUUUCUGCUCUCUUUCUGCCUUUUGGCUUCGACAGAGGCACAAAGAAGAAUCUCAACAGGUGAGAGGUAUCAAGAGGUCAUCCACUGGGAGCUAAAAACACACACACACACACACUGUGAUGCUGCUUGCCAAACGCCGGCACCUUCACGGUGACACAGUCAACCGUGUCGAGGCACAGAUCCCAGUUCUACUCUUCACACACUUCACUUCAGCCUCUGCUCUGUACCCUCAGUGGGUAUUUGUACCUCUCCCAGAGCUCCUUUAUCAGCUCUUUUUUAUCACUUUAAGUCCUCAUACUGAACUCUCCUAAAACUUUCACAUGUCUUGAACGAGAGGCAGAGAACAACGGGAGGAUGAGCAGCAAAAAGGAAGCAGUUGAUAAGGAUGGAGAGUAGAGGAUGAGGAAGGAAAAAGAGGAGAGGGAUGCAGGAUUACCAUGGGCCAUGUUGCCCUCCUGGGUCUGUUUGGCACCAGUUUGAGCCCAGUUGCCAGUGGGUACUAAUCAUGGAGGAUUGGCAGCACUGCAUGGCAGCUGGCAGCUAGCGCAUACACACACACAUCAACACAACUCUGCACUAGCAGACAUGCAUAUACUCGUAUAUUACUUGUGCACGCAACACGCGCACACUGAAUUACAUUGGGGACAGCUGGCAUUGCUAAUCAACUUCAGCUGAGGAGAGGAAAGCGAGCAGCUCACAGACCUAAUUAAGUCACCACAUACCCAAUAUUGCUGCUACUGCUACUUUGCAAACAUGCCCAACACACACACACACACACAGACACACACAUAACCCCUCUAUAGGUUUGCUCCCCCCACCCUCUCAGCGUGAUCAUUGAUACCCCAGAACAGCCGUCGCUGCAUGGAAAGAUUUCAGCCGUAGUUCAGGGUGGAGGAGACAAGCAGGGGACUUUGGUGCAGAGGAGAUUCGGAGAGAAGCUAUUACAGUAAUGUGUCCUCUGUCGUCUCUGAGGACUCCUCUGCCAUUAGACUUCAGAAAGCUCCAAUUAGACUCAUCAAAGGCAAUUAAGCUCUCCACUGAUAAGAAUAAAAGAAUGUGUUUUUUUUUUCCUUCUCUGCUCUUCUUCUGUCUUUUUAUCCCCUUAUCCCCCCUCUGUUCCUCUCUCUGCCCUCUGCCUUACCCACCUCUGGGGCUGAGAGCUCCCCCUAAUCUCUUUCCCUCUCUUUCUCUCUCCCUCACUUCCUCUCCCUCUCUCUCUCUCAUUAUCAGGUCAUUGCCCAGCCCUCCUUCCCCCCGCUGUACAAAUGCAUCUCCAUGUUUGGUUGUGUAUCACCUUUUACUGGAUUGCUGUCUUUGUAGCAUUCAUCAGAGCUGCUCCCCCUUUUCUUUUCUCCAUGCAAUAUAGAGUGAUAAUACUCUCUGCCACUAGGGUCCCAGUGUGUGUGUGUGUGUGUGUGUGUCUGUGUGUGUGUGUUUGUGUGUGUGUGACACAGGGAUACUGGCCAUAGAUUGGGGGAGUUGAUGAAUCACCCUUGUCGUUCAAAAGGCAAUCCCUCCCCUCCUCAGUAUGCAGCCUUGUCUGCUUAGUGCUUCCUCUACAGCUUCUGCUGAUAUUAAAAGGCUCUGCUGGCUCACAUUAAGGCCGGCACCAUGUGCGGCGACACGCAUCCGCGCACACGCACGCACAAACAUUAGGGGUAGUUUUUCAGCGCUGAGUGCAGAUUAGGUGUGUAGGAAACAUCACUCAGACUCGGCAAAGAGCAAGGGAAAAAGACAAAAGUCAAGAACAGAAUUUAAACCAGGCGGGAUGCUGCUGACAUUUCUCUCCGUCUCUCCCUGCUCUGCCUCUGAGCUCCAAAUUAGUUUUAGAGGUGGAGGAAGGACUGUCAGUUGUCUGUCAUUUUAUACAGAACAGGCACUGCAGUGAGCACGGAUGAUGGCACGGAGAGUGGUGUAAGCGAGAAGAUGCUCUGUAAAGUUGUGAUUCACUUUAGACCUCAUUAAGCUGCUCUACAUAGUGAUGAAAUCUAUCUGAAAAGCUGAGAUUGAUUCGUUCAGAUGAAGAUUCAGUUCUUCAGACUAGAGAAAAUGUCCAAUGAUGAUGAUAUUGGCGCAGUUUGUUAAAGAAUUAGUAAGAAAAAAAAACAAGAAAGAGCGUGAACAGACCUACAGAUUUAUUCUACAUCCAUAUGCACAUGUGACACCUGCAAUCAUGCAUGAGCUCACGCAUACAUGCAGUAAUCUGGCAAUAAAAGUGGGGUGCAGCCACAAGCCGGUCAAUUACUGGUCUUGCUCCUAUUUGUGAAUGCUUCUUUUAUUGAGCUUGGGUGGAGGCCUGCUGUUGAUUAAAACGGCCGGUCUCCAGCUGGAGACAGGGCCAGCUGAGAUAGCUGCACAAGCUCACAUUUACUGCGCACAGUCUCAACAGCGAGGAAAUUCACACCUCUAUUUGAGAUUGAGAUUAAUUUUCUGCACCAUGUGGCUUGUCUUCCCUCUUUAGCAGCCUCCGUUCUUAUUACAGGAGCAUCUGGUCCAUGAUGAUGAUGUAAAUGAAUUUCGAACAUAGAUGAUUUUAUACCCCGCUGAAAUGAGCGGUGUUCACCGUGGGGAAUGAUUUCUUAUGUGUUCCUAUAUCUUAAUUCAAGCGCGCACUUUUCCACCAGAUUUCCAGGAUUUGCAUUCUGGCGAUGAGGAUCCGUGCUGUCAGGUAUUGUUAACUGUCGACAUGCACUUUUUGCAACAGAUAAUUAGAGCUUAGGUUGUAGUAGCAUCCACACCUCCAUUGAUUUGUAGAAUCUCUUAGUUCCCCCCACUCCCUCCCUCCCUCCCUCCCUCCAUCCUCUCCUCUUCCUCCCUCAGCCUCAGCCUCUCCUUUCCUUUAGGAGCAAAAAGCUCCACUCAUCUGUUUUCUGUGUAUGAAUUUCCAGCCAUGCAUUAGUCUCCCUGACAUGUUCAAGCGAUGCUUUAUUUAGCUUGUCGGAUUCUGCAAAUAAACGCAAUCUCUGGGUUUAUGGAAAAAUGGAUAAAAAUUAGAUUGUAAGGUAUUGAUCUGGAUUGUGAGUCGUCAGUGGGGGUGUUGUAUAUGUGUGUGUGAGUGUGUGUGUGUGUGUGUGUGUGUGUGUGUGUGUGUGUGUGUGUGUGUGUGUGUGUGUGUGGUGAUGAGGGGGGGGGGGUGGCUCUCAUCUGUGUGAGGAGAGGGGAGAAAUGAAGCCGUAAUUCAGGGCUAUUGAACCCCCUGCCACUGGCGGCAUCGAUCGCAAGGCAGCGCUUAUGAGAUCACACCUGAGCACUGGAGACUGCAGAGGGGAGGGAGGGGGAGAGAAGGGGGGAGGCGGAGGGGGAGAGAGUGAGAGAAACAGAGGGUUGUGAUAUGAUCAGCUCCUUACCCACCGUCUGAGGGCCUGUUAAGGUGUUAACAUCAAGCCUCAGAGCCAAUUACCUAACCCUGCAAGUACACUCCGCCCAACAGAGGAGGAGACGGAGACAGAGCUGCUGGACACUUACUGUAGUUUCCCCACCUCCUGCUCCUGCCUCCUCGUCCUCCUCCUCCUCCUCUCGUCUGUUUCCAGGACGACUCCACUGUGCUGACCUCUCAAUUAUCCCUCUACCCCUCCUUCCACCUUCUCCUUGCGCCCCAAACAUCCACUCCCCCUUUCAUUCCUCCCCUCAAGCCCAUACCUCCAGCACCCCCUUCCCCUCCCUCUCCCCAUCACCCCUUCAUACACACUCCCCCUGCGGCUCUGUGGGUUAUUAUAGUGAAAUAUGAAGCGGUGUGGAUUCUAGGCUUCAUGAAAUUUCCAUGAGCAUUGAUCUGAUCUGAUGUGGGUGAUUGCUAGGUGAAUCCCUCCAGUCCAGGGCUGUUGCUCAUCUAUUCAUUUAUUUAUGGCAGUUAUGUUUUACUGGCUUUGAUUUGCUCUUCUGGAGAGCGACAGCUAAGGAUUAUAAAUAUACCUGUAUGGGAGAGUGUGCUUUGAAUCCUGGAGUGUGUAUCGGCACACCACUUGUCUUUCGAGGCAGCAGAGUUUUCUUUUUUUUUUCCGCUUCCAGUGCUAAAUUUUCUUGUAAACUGAGAUACCGAGCAUAGGUAUAAGAGCAUAAAACACAAAGAUAAUCCCCAAAGAGACACAGUCAGGUAGUUAGUGGUGCCAUUGUCCCCCACGUACUCCUCCUCUGCUUUAUGGUCCUUGAAAACGAGCAGAGACAAUAUCACUUCCUCUCUCAAUUACCAAAAUUGUCUCUUUAUUUGUAAUAGGGGGUAUCUGUGUACGUCUUGGGGUUUUUAUGCUAUUGUUCACUCGAGGCUCAUUUGGCGCAUUGUGGAGAACUGAUAAAAAAUUCAUCAUAAAAACAAAAGCCUUUGAGACGAAAGAGAGAGGAUGUUGUCAGAACAAUCCCCUCCUCAGACUGCAGGCCUAAUCCAGGGCAAAUCCUCCUUAAGGCUUUACAGAGAUCAGAGAAUACGGAAGUAAAGUCAAAUAUUUGUCCUCAGAAAUAAUUCAUACUUUAUUUGUUGCAUGUGAUCAUCGCAUUGUUUUGGCUUAUUUUAUCAGUGGACCAGCUGGCCUGUAAUAAUGUGUGUCAUUCUUCUGAAGUUGAGCCCGCCUCUGGCAUCUCCACUCCUACUUUGCUCUCUCGGCUCUCUCUCCACUGUCUUUGCUUCCAGCUUUUUCACCUUUCCUUUCUUUCACUCUUAUGGAUUACUGGAACGCUCCGCUGGGAGAGCUGUCCAAAUACGUUUGUGUUGCCAAAACAGAGCAUCACUGACUCUCGCUGCCUUGCUCUCUUGCUCUCCUUUGGUGUGUUUGUGUGUGUGUGUGCGUCUGAGCACGCGGCUCAGAAGGCGCCAUGGUGAAGUCACUAGAGGUCCAGCAGGACAGCUUGUACUCAUAGCCUCUAGGGGCCUUUUUUCUGGGGGCCGCCUAGUCAGCCUGGCUGCUCAGAUGUGAGGCGAGCGGGGCAUCAGCCCUCAGGAAACGUCCAAGCUGCGACCCACGGGGGAAACAGACGGACGGCAACAGACACAUACAUACAAUCCUCACGCGUAAUAGCUCCUUCUUUUCAUGUUUUACAAGUACUUACACACACACACAACACAGUCUGCACAGAGGCAGCAUGGUAUAUAGACUGUAGAGAAAGAGUCAAGACUGUUAUCAGUGUGUGUGCAUUGACUCCCCAGGCAGCCCACAAAGAGACACAGAGGGGAGGAGGGUAAAGACAGAGAGAGAGAAAGAGAGAGAGUACAUUAGGAAUGAAUUAUGUGGAGAGAGCACUUAUCCAACAAUCCUCCUCUGAAGUGUUUGUACUAUAAGCCUCAGAUCUUCAUUGUAUUUAUUCUAAUGUUUAAAUAUUCAUGGUAAAUCUUCUCAUAUUCAAUUACCGUAGCACGACCACAGCAUGCCGAGAGAGUGCUUUCUCCCUGCUGCUGGAUGAUCUGACUCUGUGUGCGCGUGUGUGUGUGUGUGUGUGUGAGUGUGUGUGCGCGCGACUGUCUCUACGUAUCUGUGUGUGUGUUUAGCUAGCUCCCCGGAGCGAUCAAGCCUUUGUUAUAUUGGAACCAGGCUCUGUAAUUGCUUAUAUUAGUCGCUGAUCAACGCAAGACCACAGGACGCACACACACACACAUGCGCAUGCACACUAACUCACAUAUACGCCCUGCCUGAUUCCUGACAGUCUUUUUAUUAACCACCAAAGCAGGCGACAGAGAGAGAUUCAUUACAUCACAGGCAAACAAAGACACACAGCAGACUUAAUAGAGAACACCCACAUUUUCAGCGUGUUUGGUUUAAUGUUGAAAUAUUCAUGUAAAACCGUGCUUAAUUCAGUCGUUUCUACCCUAGGAGAGAAUCACUCGUUUCUGCGUCUGUCUCUCUUGAACAGUAGGUGUUUUCAUUAUUAAGAAUCAAGCAUUAAAUGAUCUUUCUGUCUCUUUUUCCCUCUUGUUUUUUAGCGCUGAACGAGCCAACCAUAGACUACGGCUUCCAGAGGUUACAGAAGGUUAUCCCCAGACACCCCGGAGACCAAGAGAGAUUACCCAAGGUACAUUGCUUCCAUUCCUCUCACGCGUUUGUUCCGACAUGCAAUUAAUUUAUAGGAGUCUGUCUUGGUAACACUGGUACAGAGAAGUAUUGACAACUUCUAGAGUUACAUAGCAUAUAUGGAUAUACAUAGCACAAGGCGGUAUGACCUCAUACACAGAGAAGUAACUGUGUGAGACAUAAACUGUCGGCUAUACAUGACACUACUGUAUGUAUGCGCUAAAGCACAGUUUAUCGUAUAUUCAUGCUCUUUUUCUGCCCAAACAAACACUUUAUUUGCAAAGUGAAAUGCACAAGAAGCUCUAUUCAUCCUUCCACUCACUAUAAGGUCAUUUAGACUGGCAAAGUGGGAGAAGGAAGGGAGGAAUGGAGGGAGGAAAAGAGGGAGAGAGGAAAGGAGGUUGAGGGGGAGAGAGGAAGAGAGAGGCAGAAGCAGGUUAGGUGAUCCAUCAUAGCUGUCCAGUCUUACCUCCUGCUGGGUCAGUGGAUCGAAGUCAACCCCGGGUGGACUUUAUUACUUCCAGCACACACACACACACACAUACACAAACAGGCACAUACACACACACACAUACAUACAGGUAGAAAUGCACCUACACACCUCUCUGCGCGCACAUGCACUGAGCGGAGAGAAGUCACCAUGAGGCAGAGAUGGAAAACGCAGGUAGAAGAAAGAUCGAGAAAUCACUUGUCCUCGCUGUGUGUCAUGUCCGCUGGAUACAAGACUUGUCCUGGUGAGUUCUGGUCUUUAGCCUAUCAACCCCCCUCCGUAUCUCUCUAAAUAUCUCUGAAUCCAUCCAUCUCUUUUUCUCCUCCUUCUCUUCCUCCCUCGCUACGUGGUGUCUCUUUCUCUUCUAAAUGAACAGCGGUAGCUGGCAGGCCCGGUUGUUCAUUUCAGCUCUAUUGAUUUGUGCCUUUAUUGAGGUAAUAACAGUUUGUUGACCACACUUCUCUCAACUGUUGGCCUCAAUCAUGAGGGAGAGGGGGCAGAAGAGGGGCAAACACUGGCAACUUCUGCUGCUACAAAUGUCCACUCAUGGCCACCAUGGCAACACAGCGCUUUGUGGUGUAAUGAGUGUGGUGUAAAGAGUGUAAUGUUUUCCACUGGUGUAGCACCUUUUUGAUAGACCUAUUAAAGAGAUAUAAUUGUAUGAGGUGCUUUCUAAUAGUGAUGUUUAGAGAUACCAGACAGGACGCUGACACAAAAAUUAAGAUGUGGUCUAGUUAAGUGUUUCAAUAGCAUAAAAACUCCAGAGUUGAAAAAUCGAUGUCUAAGUGGGCACGACUGAAUAUGCUCAGAGUAUAUUAGCUGCUCCAUGACGAGGUUCCCCUUUGUUUUUCUUUAUAUUUCGAUUGGUAAACAUCCAUAUCUCUUAAGAAUCUAACUAAAGCUGCCUUGUUUGGACUUCAGUGGGCUUCUUCAAACACUCACCAUGCCAAAAAAUGGAGGAUAAUGGGACAAAAUAAUUACGGUUCCAAACAGUUCUCAUUUUGAAUGUUUAAUUUGGCGCAUUUUUUGGUACACUAAUAGAAAUAAACGCAACACAGAAAGUCUGUUUUCGUAGAUCAUGAACCAGAAGAAGUUUUGUCUGACGAGUGGCAUGGUUGGAUCAGGCUUGUAGGCCUACUCAGAUAAUUUUUUUUAUAAUGUUUUAAAUGAAUUACAGAAAAAAAUUGAAUUUUAAAAAAAGAGGCCCAUUCAGCACGCAACAGGUAAACAUUCACGCCAAACUUUUCACAUCAUCAAUUAUGUGUGUAAAUUCUAUCUAUCCACGGCCCUGUCCUCUCGAAUCAAGGCACUAAAAGUCAGAAUAAAAAGGAAAAUUAAAUAGAUAAAUUGAAUGACACUGAGUAUUUACCACAUCUUGGUAUCCCUACAGUCCCUUUCUCCCCCUCUGCUCUGUGUGUUGGAGCUUUGUGGGGUCAGAGUGACACACAAGCAUCAUCUCACAAUGAAACUCCAUACUGACAUGACCAGCACUGAAAGAUCCAUCAGUUUACCAGGAGUUUACUUGAAUUUUUUUUUUUCUAAGACCAACAGCGCUGUGCAUUUGCAGGGGUUGGACUUUGGGUUGCAAAGACACUGCUUAAAUCUGAUUGGCCACCCACUGACUGGGCACUUUGAUUUUGCGGCCAAAAGACACAACUAAAAGCCUCUUUGAGGAGUUUUUGGCUACUAAUAAUACAGACUAAGAUUAAAAGUCAUGACCUGCAAAACCAAACAAGACCAAUGACAUCAGGAUUAUAUAUUUAUAUGGUGAUUUUCAAUGAUUGUAGCUACUAUGAGGGGGUAGAUGUCAGACCAGAUGAUUGACAGUCAGAAAACUCCCCCUUCACAUGUACAGGACAAAUUCAUGCAACUCUUCAAGAUUGUGGACACGCCCCUGUUGCCAAGAUGAUCCAGAAAUCUAUCCUUUUUCCAAACCCAUUAACAACAUGGAGAGAGUAAGCAGGAUAUCUGUUUGAGUCUGUUCUAUAUAGGUUAUAGUUCUGAGUAUCCAGCUGAACAAAGUCCCAUACUGUGCUGAGGCUAAAACUCAGGCAGCAAGAUUGAGGAUGGAGGCACAGCCUGGCUGCAGGGUGUUUAGCUCUAGCUGGAGCUGUAGUGUGGCUGGGGGUCUGGGGCAGGCUAAUGAGUGACCGCCUUGCCAGACGGGGCCAGGCUCUGCUCUGGAUCAGGUUCCCCUUCCUGUUGACGUCUCUGCGGGCCUGACUUUACGGGAAGAGACCCUGCGCCCAGGAAAUGGUCUCCCCUUACAGCAGCAGAGCUCGGGAGGCAGCACGGCGCUAACCACAUUUAUCUGUUUAUCAGAACGACUCUGGAGCGCUGCCUAAUCGCGUUUAGCUACUGGACAGAUCCCUCUGCUAACGAGAGACUGAUAGGUACAGACAAGGAGCAGAACCAUGGGAGGGUGAUUAAUCGAGAGGAUGGGAGAGAGGAGGAAGAAGAAGAGGGAGACGGGAGACAGUAGUUGGAGACACAGGUGAAAAAGAGAGGAGGAGGAGGAGGAGAUUAGAGAUGGAGACGCACGGACAGACAGAGAGGAGUAAAGAGCUGGAGGGUUCUCAAACUUAUAGCUGCUGUGUGGAGGUAGAAAAUGUUGAAGAUGAAGUGACUGAGGUUUCACAUAUCCUCCCUGAACAUCGCUACACUCCAGCUGCACAUCUGUUUGUGUCCUAAUGCCUUACUCUUUCCUCAUUUCCCCUCCUCCCCCUUCUCCUCCCCCUCCCAUCAUCCAUCCAUCUACCUAUCUAGCAAUCCCUGGGAGGCAUGUGGAGUCGAGGAAAAGCAGAGAGAAGGAAGCGAGGAGCGGUGCAUACAUACUAAAGAACCACUUACCUUCCUAGGGCCUCUACAUCUCUCAAUCACCUCGAGCAGGCCUCCUCUCUGGUCUCCCCCCUUUCUGUCUCCUCCCCCUGCCUCCCUCUCUGCCUCCCCCAGAUAGUGCUAGUAAUGGGAGGUUAACACAGAGGCAGCGCUCCCAUUAUUGAGUGAAUUUAGCACCUCGGACAGCGCUCUACAAUCUUUAUUGCUUUGCUGACCCUCUCGUCAUGUCCUGGGCGUGCUCGACAGCCUCCACAUGUGCGCGGCGGCUGCGUGUGUGCGUCUGUGUGUAUGUGUGUGAUAUGAGUCUGAUUGAAAGGCAGUGUGUCACGGAACAGAGAGCACACAUGCUCCAGGGCUUGUUCACAGCGAGGGAUACACUCAGGAGGGUAUAGCGCACAGCGUGUGUGUGCGAGUUGAAGGGAAGGAGGGAGAGAGAGGGAAAAGAGGGGAAGGUUGGAGGGGAGGGGGCUGCAAUUUUCUGGUUGUCGCGCCUCCAGCAUAUAUCCUGGCCCCGGCACAUUAACUUUUAAAAAGGGUUUCGUAGGGCUGUAGGUGUCUACAUCACACACACGUAUAACGACUGCCUGGAGUCACACACUCAUACUCUCAGGGAGGGAAAAGAAUAGAGACGGAGCGAGGAGAGAAAGCAGGGUAAGCGGUAGAAAAUGAGUGCGGAGAAAGUGGCAACACUAUGGAAGGAUAAAUGUUUGAUGUGGGAAAUUCCACUCGGCGGUUUUCACCUGAGCGAUGAUGUUCUACAUUUAUCACACAAAGUGGAUGCAGGGCUAUUCACUUGGAUCAUUACCAGGGUUAAUACAGGGCAGGAGACGGGUGUGUCCCAGAGUUGUAUAGCUGUCAAAGAGAUGAUAUGUUGUGUUAAAUGAGAUUGAUGUGUGAUCAUGCGCGCUGGAUUCAUGAUCUGGCGCUGACAGCAGGGGAGGAGAAGACGUACAAGAUGGUUGACUGAUAAAGAGAUAUAGGCUCAUGUUUUAUUCACAGAUAACAGUAUCUUACCUCUGCUCUCCCAAACUGCCCAGCGAGUAACAAAGUGCCGGGACAGGCCCAUUUCUCUUCCUCUGCCUUCCUCUGUCGGCCUCCUUCCCCUCCUGCACUCUCUGUUCUGCAUUCACAGCAUAAUGUAGGACGUGAAAUGUAAUAAAAGUGACUGAACUCUUUCAGCCGUCACACUCAUGAUCAAUCCUUUUCUUCUUCUCACGCUUGAUUUUAGGAGGUGAUCUUAAAGCGAGCAGCAGACCUGGUGGAGGCUUUGUACGGGAUGCCUCAUAAUAACCAGGUAAACACUCCCACGGACACAAAGGACAAAAACGUCAUUUUAUCUCACAUGAAGUUAUUGCGUGGAGUUUACAGCAAGAACAGGAGUUUCUGCCGACUUAUACAGCAGAGUCCAGGACCCACAUGACACGUGAUGAAGUUAUCAUUUUAUGUGUCGUAGAGGGAAAGAAAAUUGACACUAAAGAAGUAGAGGAGAGUAGAAAGAGUACAGGAUCAGAAGAGGAGCACACAUGAAGCAGGAAGGAGGAGAGGAAGCAUCAGGCCAAAGAUUUGAUGAUUCUGUUAAUGAGCCUUUCCUCCAUUUACUGGAACCAAUCCCACCACUCCCCACGACCGCUGAUAAAAACCACUCAGCCUGCUGGGUUUACAUACACAAUAUCUCCAGUGGAGAUCUGGCAUUCUUGUAAAACCAUAAAGCCUGCAUCACGUGCGCUUUUUUCACUCUUCUCCUCUCUCUGUUGCUGACCACGGCUAUUUUUUUCUUCUUCUUUGUCAGGAGAUGAUUCUGAAACGAGCAGCAGACAUCGCAGAGGCCCUCUACACGACAGUGCCACGAGGGCACAACCAGCUCGCCGGUCUUGGCAGCGGCUCGGUCCACGCUGGCAUGAUGGCCGUGAACUCCUUCACUGGGUCAGAGGUGGCACAAACAGCCAAUCAGGGUGAGGAACUCAACAGGAAACAAUUACAGGCUGUUAUCUUUAGAGAUGUGGCUGUGAUUUAUUAUUUUCCUCUCCUUUUGGAAAGACAGAUUGUGUAGGAAAAGAUAAGUGGUACAAGUGGGACAUUUUAUGUUUCAUGUGGGAAAUUUAAAAAGAGUGAUUUAAGAGCGUGGAGAAAAUAAAGAAGAUUUUGAAAAAGGAGGACAGGAGGAGGAGGCAGCUGAGAGAAACAGGGAAAACUUGAGGAAAGAAGGAUGGUGAGAGAGUGAAGAAUGGAGAAAAAGGGAGCUGCGGAUGGACUAGGAUGGAGAAAUAUGAGUGGGUCCUAGGGGUGUGUAUAUUAGACUGGGGUCGGCCCCCGUAUGACAGAGAGAGAUGUGGGUGCAGUCAGUGGUGAUUCAUCACAUGUAUCAGGGGAAAGAGAGGAGAGUAGAUGGACCAGCCUCUGGAUGUGUCUCAAUACUUCCAAUGAGCUCCCCUCGCCUCUUCCUCGCAUCUUCAUCUCCACCUGGAAACAUGUUCAGGUGCCGCGGAAAAACAACCGAUAUCAGCUGUCUGGUGUCGGGCUCUCAGUUUUGCACUCCUAACAGAUGAGGACAGGGAAUUGGUGAUACCCUGAUAGGAAAAAGGAGGCUAAAACAGCUAACAAGUGCAGCCUUUGUUGCACUAGAGAGCAGAGACUCCUGAUGUUCAUUUCCAGCUGUGUCUUUUCUCCGGUGUCAGCACGUUGGACCUGAGAUGUAUAUUUAUAGUCUUCUUUCCAUCUUGUCCUCUUUCUGUUCGCAGCUGCUGUAAAGCAUAAAAGAGAAUAGGUUCCUGUCAGAAAUACUGGCUUCAUUCUUUAUAAAUUACAGGAGAGCUGCAGAGGCCUUUUAGUGUUAAUUGCCUUAUCAAUAGAUCUAAUUUUGGAGUGGAGCCAGUGGGGUUAAAGGCCUCUUGUUUCAGUGGUUGGAUUACAGCUAGUUCCCUCUUGUAUCAUUCUCCCUCUGCUCUGGUCAUUUCUUCCUCGCUCUGCCAUAUGCUGUCUUAGAUUUUUCAAUAAAUUUCCUUCGGCUUGUGUUUUCAACCGUGUAGAGAGAAGAGUGUUCGGCUUUCUGACUGUUUUUUCUGCUAUACCCCUAACACCUAUUACUCUAUCUCUCCGUCUCUUUCUCUGUCCAUAGGUUUCAGUAGGAGUACAAGCAGUGUGUCCCCUCAUGGUUAUGUCCCCAGCUCCACCCCCCAGCAGAGUAGCUACAGCUCUGUCUCCACUAGCAUGAAUGGCUACGCUAACUCUGGCAUGGCAACCUUGGGCACCUCGCCCAACUUCCUCAAUGGAUCUGCAGGCAACUCGCCCUAUGCUAGUGAGUAAACACACCACAUCCUAGAUUCCUAGAUCUGAAACCUUGUGGGGAUGACAAACCUAAGGCAGGAGAGAAACAAAAAGAGUCUUUUCCGACACAAAAGAGAAAAGUGUCUCAGAGGAAGUUAGGACAGGAGGCGCAAAUAAGAAGUGACACCUAAGAGGAAAGUGCUGCAGUUCAGCUGGCUCAUCUGUUUCUUUAAGAACAGAGUCAAACGCAAAUCCUCACUUUAUUGGCCAGGAGAGCAGAUCACCUAGCACACCCCCAGCACACACACACCAGCAGCUUUGCACACACACACACAUUCACCCUCUACAUUAAAGACCCUUGAUUAAAUCAAUAAACUAAUUGCUAGAGAAGCAAUUCCAUUUCAGCGCUUUGAUUCCUGGGUGUUAACAAGUAUUUUAACAGGCUCAUCGGCCCCACACAGACACUUUCAAUCAAUGGCCCCUCGGCCUGCCUUUGUAGGUCCAAUUUUCAUUAAUUGAUUAGUUAGGCCCCUUCAUAAAUGGAUUAUGACUUUAUUGCGAGGAUUUGUCAGGAAGAGCCAUAAAAGCUAAGUGUUGGAUAAUAACAACAAUAAAGGCAGGAGCAGAUAUCAGAGAGCAGGUGAAAUACGACUCGCUUGAUUGUAAAAUCACUGAGGGGGAAAAUGCUCUUAGUGUAUUAGCAGACAAAAGACAAACCGAGGAGGAGUGGAUGGAUGGGGUGAUGUCAGGGGGAGACCGGAUUUGGGUUGUAAAGAUAACCUGGUCAUUUUUGUCUGUCGGGUCUCAGGAGUCUUACUACGAGCAGGCAGCAGCUUGUACAACAGCAAAUCAAACUAAAAGCUUAUCUUUUAUAAACAGUGAGGCUUUAAUGUCAGGAAUCCAAGUAUUUCAAGAAAUUUCUAUUUGGGGCUUAUUGCAAAGUAAUAUCCUGUUGAUGAUGUGGACAUUACACUGAGACCUUGAUACAUUAGUAAAUCUGUUUUAGCAAAUACGUAUGUUGAUAAACUAUUAAGUUUGACUAUCACCAGUCGUAACUUUGUUUUAAGUCUAAAAGUUGCAUGCCAUAAAAUCAGUCCAGACAAAAGUAAUUGCACUUAAAUAUUAAUAUAAAUAACUGUAUGUUUUUAUUUUCCUCUAAACAAAUCACCUUAAGACCUUUUUUACAUCUUUAUUGAAACUUUAUGUCAAAGAAAUAAUAAAGGCUGUGUGAGGAAGCUUUAGGAGCUACUUUUGUCGACUAGAGGUAGCUUAUUCUCCGCAGCUAUCAUGGAAGUGAAAAGUCAGCUAUCUGUUAAAGCCAGCUAGCUACAGCAAAUAACAGACCAGGACCACAAGAAACCCCCUAAAUCUCUACAUUUCCUCAGUCACGUUUUUUAUCAUGCCAUUUCCAAGUGUGAUAGGGCUUCAUGCUUUAGUUUAUGAUAGUAGCUGUGUUUUAUAUAGGGCAUGGGUUUAAAAGCCCAAACGGCAUAAAAAUUCUCCAUACAAGCAUCUCAGUAGUAAUUUGUAGGCCCAAAGUGAAGCGAGUGUCCUUUGGUCUUUGUUCUUUUCCCAAAAACUUGUGUCUCAAACUGAUACUUAUAGACCGUCAUCUCUAGUCCUCUCAGGAGGGGAAGAAGCAAGAAAGUUUAGAUGUAGCCAUAUACCUCCUCUACUUCUCCUUGAAUUCAGUAGGACCAAGGCUUGGAUAAUAGUUUCUUUAAUCAGGGCAGCAAAAUAACAGCCACCAGUUCAUUGAAUCUAAAGAGUAUCCAUCUUCAAGACCAGGAUCUGAUCAAGUAAAAAAGUCUAUUUGAGCUUAGACCUGAAAAGGAGAGAGGGUGCAAGGCAGAAUAGCAUUGCUUUUGCACAUUUCACAUGACAGUCCUGAUUGAAUUUGUAGGUGCAUUGAAACACUAGACCUGCCUUCUAAAUAUUUGAACAGAUGAAUCCAACCAAAAUAAAGAAAUAUUAUCCCUGUAAAUGUGUUUAUUGAUACAUCAGGCUGCCAAACAAACAAAAACCUUAUCAGAGGACUGAAAACAAAAGAUGCAGAUGCAGUAGUUAUCAGCCAUUCAUUCAGCUUUAUUCAUUCAGCUCUUUUUAUCCACUGGAGUCUCUUAAAGCUUGCUUGUCAAUGAUUACAAUAAGUAAUCUUGAAGAGCCUUGUUUGUAAGUUCCCCUAAAAAAAGCAAAUUGCAGGUACAGCGUUAGCAAGAGUUGUUUAUCAAGCUGAAGCAACCCGUUAGUGACGGGAUGAGUCAUCAAAACAGAGUGAACAGGGGAAAACCUAUUUUGGGCGCUUUUUAGAGCAAGUUUCCAGCUUAACACAUUUUUGUCUUGGCUGUGGAAUAUCUUGGUUGUCAGGUGAUGGCUUGACAACAAAAAAAAGUUGCCAAACAAUGUCUGAGCCAAAACAUUAUCCCUCCUGCCAUCAUCCAUUGAUCAGUCCCUUUCUGCUCAUCCCGUCUUCCCGUCCUCUGCCCUCGGCCCUCUCUCUAACCUCUCCCCCUUUUCCGUCUUCAUCCUUCCUCCUUGUCAUUCAUCCCUGGUGUGCACCCUAUGACCUCCCCUUAACCCUCCCUUCUCCUACCCAUGUCUCUCCUCUCAGUCGUCCCGUCAAGCCCCACCAUGGCUUCGUCCACCAGCCUGCCCUCCAACUGCAGCAGCUCCUCUGGCAUCUUCUCCUUCUCUCCAGCCAACAUGGUAUCUGCUGCCGUCAAGCAGAAGAGCGCCUUCGCCCCUGUAGUUCGACCCCAGAACUCCCCUCCGCCCACAUGCACCAGCGCGAAUGCUAACAGCCUCCAAGGUAAGAUCAGAAAUGAUGGCCAGGAAGCUUUUAGUAGAGAGGCAUGUAAAGAUGGACGACAUACCCAAAAAGUGAAGCCAAAAUAGGUGAAGCUCCCCACUCUGUAACCUUCUUUGAUGAUCUCAUGGAGGUAGUAGCAGAGCCCAAAUGAGGGGGAGAUGGUGGCGAUGUGUGGCAUCAGAGCCGGCAGCAGACAGCACAGAAGCAUGUAUGUUCAUGUCUGCGCGUUUGUGGAGCUCCUGCUGUGUGUUAACAAGCUGUGCCUCUCAGCUGUAGCGACAACCUAUUGUGAUGUGUAAUCACACACUGAGACACCAGUAUUACAUCCUUUCAGGCUUUAAUGUGUAAUUACAAAGGCCCAGUGAUGGCGGGACUCUGUUGUCUGUGCUGUUUCAGAGUCGCGGUGUGUAACAGACUUAUGUCAGCGCGAAUCGGGAACUACUUCAUUUUUUACAACUAGAGGAAGCAGAGAUGUGUCGUCCAUCUUUAGGCAGAGCUUACAUUAGCACACAGUGAAUGUAGACCUACUGUUUUCAAGUGUUGUUGUGGAUUACUUCGAUGUCUUCUUCUUCAUCAAGCUUUUAUCCUGCUCCUCUACAACUCCUUAUAACAGUUUCUUACUUUUAAUUCCCUCUUCUUCUCUUAUUCCCCCUUUUUCCUCCUUUUCAUUCCUGUCUUUUUCCUCCCUGAACCCCCCCCCUCCCUGCUCUCUUUCCUCACUGUAGAUCAGUCUUUUGUGGACUCUAGCAAGUACUCCUCAGCCAACUCUCUGCAGGGCCUGGCCUUCUCCUGAAGUAUGUUAUCACUCUCUUUCGUUUGCUCUUUCUCUCUUUCUUCACAUCUGACUCUGUUUAUUUGCACCAGCAGCUCAUCCCACCCUGCCCUUCUUCUCGUUUCUGGUUUUAUUUGUCACUCUUGACUUGUCAGAGAGACAGCAUGCCACGCCAUAUGUGUUCCAUUUCCUGUUUUCACUUCCUGCUUCCUGCCUGUGCUCCGGUGGGUGUCUUUGUAGAGGGGCGGUGUUUGAAAGAGGGGGGUUGUUAUGAUACCACGGGUCAAGCUGUUCUCCCAUUUCCAUCGAAUGCAGCUCCGGGUCUGUUAGUCUAAGCAGGAUGUCGUAUGGUGUUGAGAUCCUGCGAGAGAGAGAAAUGAUGGAUGGGAAUCUUUAUCAGAGCCCCAAGCUAAGCACUUCCUCACUUCCUCUGUCGGCGUUGAUGAGCGCUGACCACGGUGACCCAAAGGCCAUUGGCCACUGCGCACUGAUCACAUUGACACACGCACACAUGCACGCAUUCACACUCUCACACACGCACACACACACACAGCCGGAGACACUUAGGAAAUAACCAGGGAAUUAGUGGAUUGAGGAGAGAGGGAAAUCAAUAGGGAGCCAAUAUGUUAUAUGAAAAAUUCCUCACUGUGAUGGCUUCUGUGUUAAAAUGGGGGGGAGGGGAUAGGGAGAGGGGGGUGAGGAGGUGAGGAUGCAGGAGCUAAGGGAAGUGAGGAGAUGAUAUAAGAAGUUAGAAAUGUGUAAAAAGCUCAUGAGUUCCAUUCCCUUGUUAAACUGUUGAGUAUAAUUUCAUCACCUCUGUCGUCCCACGUCACCGCGCCUCCCUCUCAUGUUUGAAUUAUGCUCCGUGAUGCACAAUGGCCUUACACAAUGUAGCUGCUAACAAUUAACAGUGGCAGCUCUUGCAUGAAGCUAUUCAGAAAGCCUGCUAAAAAGCUGAAUGAUACUGUCGUUGCUCGCCAAGUCAGCGGAGCAGCGGAGGAAAAUGUUUUGAUUUUGGGGCCUUGGAAUGAAGAGAUAAUGAGGGAGAGUCAUCUUUGUUCGCCAGAUGCUGGAGCACAUUUCUGUUAUGUGACUGUUGUGAUGACAGAUGAAACCCAGCAAUCACAUGACUGACCUCUCUCCCUCUCCCUCUCUCUCUUUCUCUCUUUUCCUCCUUUAUUCCCCUCUCUCCACCGUUUUCCUCCCCCUCUUUUCCCACAAAGCAGCGAUUCCCGGGAUGAUCGUUCCACCCAUGUAG